GUCCGGCGGCCCGGCGCCUGCGCCGUCUCAGCCUCUUCGCCUCGCUCUCGCAGCGGCCCCGCGGUCGUUGUAGUUCCCUGCGCCGUUCACCUCAGGAGGGAGGAGGGGGAGGAAAAACUCCCCUUCCCAGCAUGCCUCUCGGCCACCCCCUCCCACCUCCACCCCACUCCCCCUGUCCCAUCUCGGGCGGCUGAGGCUUCUCAGUGUGUGUGUGUGUACAGUAGAUGGUGUGUCGCUCGAAGUGGGAGCGGCGGUAAUGAGAUGCGUGUGAAACCGCCCAGUCCCGGGAGGAGACGGAGUUUCGCCGAGACGCGAGUGAGUGGUCGGGAGUUGGAGGGAUGAGGGGAAAGAGAGGGAGUCCGACCGAGGGCGGGAGGAGGCGGAAUGGGCAGAGGGGGCAACGUGGAAAGUUCCUCCGGUCGCGUCGGGGGCGGCAACACCGCCCUUCCCGGGUGGGUGGGGUGCGGGGAGCCGAAGCGAGGGCAGCGGGGGCGCCAGGCUCGGGCUGAGUCCCAAGCGACUCCCUCCUCCCGCGGUGACCAUCCAGCUGUGGUCAGCGGAGGUGGGGGUGUCAAGAGGAGGCCGGGUGUGCCCAGAUGUGGAGGGGCCGGGGACUCCCUGAAGGCCACAUCAUCCCUGCCCCCCCAGCUGUGAGGGAUGCUUCCCGACGAGGCUGCCCCAUCUUCCGGGGGGGCUGGAUUCGCCUCCUUUCUGAAGCAAAUUCUUUCUCGCCCAGAGCAGUCGGUGCCCCGGGAUGGAAGAGAGCCACGCGCUCCCGUCCUCAUCCUCGCCUCCUCUGCAGCUGACGCCCCCACGACUUUUGGAGCUUUAAUCUGGCCACCAGCUUUCGCCUGAAGUGCUGCAAAGGAGGGUUCAAAACGCUGGUGAGAGGGAUCUGGCGGGGGGGAAUGACCAAUCUCCCCCCUCCCCACUCCCCGCAGCAAGUUCUCAGCCUGGCAACCUGUUGGAUUGCGAGGGAAUUAAGUAAAGAUGCCCAUGUGGCUUUAAUGUGACCCAUGUAACACUUCAGUGCUUUUUUUUUUAAAAAAAAAAGUUGUAAACUGCUAAUUUCAAUGGGGGGAAAUGUCCUCAAGCACAGGGACAUGUAAACUGGCUUGCGAAGCAUAAUAUUUAGUGUGAAGAGUGUGAUUAAGAGUUUUUCACUUAGUGAAGGGCUUUUGGGAAUUGAUGGUAAUCUCAUAAUAAGGAAGCAGGAAAUGUAGCUUUGGGGAGCAAUGGAGGUGUAAAUAGAGAAAGAAGUGAGUCAGUUCAAAUUGUGCCUGACACCCACAAACCACAUGGGGAUUAUGUUGUUCCCUAUGGCAAUUGCUGAUAGUUUGGCUUUACCAGAGGCUAUCAGGGUGUCUAAACUGCAAAAAGGACCGCAGUGCACUGGAAUGCUGUGUUUUUCAGCUGGUAUCUGCAGUUGCUGAAACCUUUCUUUCUGAUCUUUUAACUUUAAGCCCGACAUUUACACACCGGAUUUUAUUAACAAAGGGGGUUCCCUUUUGGAUAGGUUGCAUCUGUUGCAGUUAGGUCCACAAUGUGUUCAGCAGUAUAGAGUACAGUAGCCUGUCAGUGUGCCAAGUACCUUCCCAAAAACUAAAGCAUACAGUGCAUGCUUUCUAGAAAGUGAGAAUUGUUGAAUUCCAACUUUCUUUCAAAUAAAUUUGCAUAAUUUUGGUCUGCACAGCCCCAUUGUUAACUGGCACCUCUUUACUGUAAAACUUAUUUCCCUGCAGCUGGCAUAGUGCUGCAUUUUGAUUGCUAUGUGUUUCAGCUUUAGGAACAUUAGGAAAAGCUUCCAGAAUAAUCAGGGCAAAAAGUAGUUGUCGGCACCCUUCCUCUGCCAUUGGUGGUUUGGUCUUGUGUGGCUCCUUGCCACUCUUUAUUGCUCUAGGUGCCUUGGCCUCAUAGUGGCUAAGGACACUCUCUGCCUCCCAUGCCACUUUGUCUGCCUUGUGACUGAGGCAUAGCAAUCAAACAACAGCCAUCUUUCCUCCCAGCUACAGAGCUGCAACUAUGAAGACGACUUCUGCUGCACCAAGGUUUGAAAGAAUGCUGGGCAUGUCAUGUUUGCCAGCAGAUGAGUGUGAAGAAAGAAAAUAUGGAAGCCUACUUGUGGCUUUUGAAAGUAGUUUAGGCAAAGGCAAAUAGCAGGGCAAAUAGAUCAAGAUCUGAACUAGAGUGAUUACAUAAGGAUUUGCUAGCUUCUGACUUUGCAACUGAUUCUUUGAAAUUUAGCUGAUUUUUUUCUGAAGAAAUUAGGAAUGGUUACAAAAUGAUGUUCCCUAAGUUAAUCAUGUCUUUAGUCGUGAAUGAGUCAGUUUUGGUUGCUAUUGCAAUUUAGAAAGUGGAAGAGAGCCAUUUCUAAAUUGAAUGUAUAGUCUGAUCAUUGUGGUUCUUCACCUCAUAGUCCAAAUUAGCUUGUACAAGGUUUAGAGCUGCACUGAAAGUCCCUUUAGGUGUAAGAGUAAAUCUUGGAAUGAUGUAGGCAAACUCUUUCUUGACCCCAUUUCUAGCAAUUUCUCUUUAUUUGACCACUUACCUUUCUUGCUUAACUAUUUUUUAUUUGGUCCUUACACUUGGAGUUCUUUUCCCAAAGUUAAAACUGCUGCAAUAAUAACCAUGGUACUUAAACUGGAGCAAAUUGUAGUAAUUGAAGAAGCAUUCUGAAAUUGUUAAUUUAAAUGACACAGUGCAUUCCUCCUUUCUUUUGUUCAUCCAUUUAUUAACUUGAUAUUGCCAUGCCAAUGAGAAAUGACACUGAGUUCAAUAAUCCUAACAGUGCUCUCGUAAAUGAAUUUGCAGUAAGAUUCACCAGGCACUUCUUUGCAUUUACCACUAAAAAGCUCUCUAUAUCUUCCUCCAUUCUCACCUCAGCUACUGCAGCCUCCACCCCUCCAGCUGGCUCCUUACAUUUUAUUCAGUUCAGAUUACCACUGCUAAAAUCAUGUCUUUCCCCUGUUGGCCAGACUCACUGUGCAGAGUUUGUCAUAUUUUCUAGAACAGUGUGACACCAAGUAGUAGUUUGUUACUUACAAAACACUGAUAUUUCAGAUUUUCACCUCUGGAUUUGCUGGAGUUUUCACUGGCAGUUGCACAAAUAUGCUUCUCUGGCAGCUACUUUUGUAGUUAUAUUUUGUAAAGGGAUGUGCCAUUUUUUAGAGGCCUUGAAAUGUAAUAAUUCAUAAUCAGUUUGUGAAACAUUUAAGAAUUUACAAUCUUUUCUGCUAACACUACGUAGCUUUGUCACUUAGUCCGCUAAAGAGAAGCUUGUUCUAACAUUGUAUAUAGUACCAAUUGAAUCAGCAUUUAGGAUUUGAUAUAUCUGCAGUCUUGUUCUUCUAGCGUUAGCAUACUUCUAUGCCAAAUACCUUGUAAAGUAAUAUAUGCCUGGUUUUCCUUUGUGUCUUAGACAAAAUGGCUACUAAUGAAAAUACCUCUGAUGCGUUAGUUAGAAAUUAUAUUAGCACUUCUUCAGAAAGGUUGAAACAAAAAACAUUGCCAAUUAACUUUGAAAAUUAAAAGUUAAAAUGAACAUGAAAUUGCAUAUUGUUUUAGAAGAGACCCACCGUACUUUUCUUAAGUGUGCAGGAACAUUGAGCUAUGGUAGGGUAAAGCAGUGGUGCUUAACAAAUCCUUUGGACCAUUCAGUAGUAGUCAUUGUGGGAACUUUAUCAGUGGUUAGCUACAAGGAGCUGAACAAGGAGAGGAAGUGUAGGUAUGUUGUGUGUGACUUCCAAUGCUAGUGCAGCUAAAGCACGGCAUGCACUUUCAAUCCUUCUUGAUUCUCUUAACAUCUGAACUGCAAAUGGGUGAAAUGCAUGUGGAGGGGAGGGAUCACAUUCCACUUUUUCCUGCACUAUUCCUUGCACUUUCUCUUUACUGCACAUGCACUAGACUGAAAGCACAAGGUACUCCUUUUCAGUCCUGGAUUUAGCACUGUGUUUUAGAGACACUUAUAAUUUUAGUGAACUUUUCUACAUAUAUUUAACUACUCCAUAUAUCCGUAUUCCAAACACCUUCAUUGUGGACCUCCCACUCCCUGAUGUUAAGACUUUUUGAAUAUAACUGUUUUCAGUGUCCCUUCACAGCAGCAUUAUUUUUAUCGAACAGCUUUGCAAUCAGUGUGUUGAAUGUUAUUUUUCUGCUGCUGCUAUGAGCCAUGCUAGAUUAGAUGUAGCAGUUAUGUCGAGGAGCUGCAACAUCUUGUUCCUGAUAUAAUAUACAUGGCAGCUCCCUAAAAGAUAGAAGAAUAAAGUGAAGUAUCUAUGACUUAAGGAAAUUAAAGCAGAAAUAGGUUGUAGCAUAUGCAUUUGGCCUCCCAGUAUCAUUUCUGCUUUAAGUAGAUUGAUUGUGGUGUUAUGUAACAUUUCUAGCAUGUGUGAAAUGUAUCUUUUUUCCCCUUCUACUAGGCAGUACUUAACACUUCAAAAUGCUGCAGACUACCACUGUGAACCCAACAAUUCUGCUCCUUGUACUUGUAUUCGUAGAAAUUUUCUUCCUUCAUUUCGUAAGAUGAACAUCUUCCAAAAAUGACGACUCAGAGACCAUUGAGUGGAACCUUAUUUUUUCAUCUCUAUUAAAUGAAACAAUAACAUCUGAAAGUUGAAUAAAUUCAUUGAAGACAGUACUUUUGAUCCAGGACAUUAUCCACAUUUUUUAAAACUACAGUGUAACAAGAGUAUUGACAUAAAUUUGUAAGUUGAAUCCUUGAGUGCAAUACUUCGAAGUGUGCUGUUUAGCAGGUUUUUCUCCUCCCGCUGAAGCAAAGUCUAAGGUUGUCCUAGAAGUAGUGAAAUGAAGAGGCUGUGUGAAAAAACAAUGUCUAUUUCUGUUUCUGAAGAGAACAAUUUCAUAAUGAUGUAAGCCUCUCCCAACAUCUGGAUGUGGUGCUAAAGGCAAAGCAUUUUUGAUCAGCUGACGUGAAGCUGUGCAAAGAGGACCUUCAUUAAAAUAGCUUCUUGCCAAAAUAAUCUUAAACAUCAUCAUGCACAGACUGAAAAGAAAAAUGAAGAUGACUGAGAUAUGAGGAUGUUUCCUUGAACCUUGAAAGAGAAGUGUGAAAUUACACUUGCAACAUUGCAGGAUAAAGAAAUAAAAGAAUUUUCUUGACUAUUAGACAGGUCUUGACAGAUUUAAAUCAAGUCAGAUGUCAUCAAACGAAUCUUCUCCUCCAUCCUUACAGAAGUUUUCCCCAUCUGCGUCCCAUGUUGCUGCUCCACCUACCCCUUCUUUAUCUUCAAGUCCACAAUCUGGACUCUCAGGCCGACUGUCCAAUGGCAGCUUCAGCACACAAAGUCUCACCAACUCCAGGGGCUCUGUGCAUGGCAUCUCCUUCCUGCUGCAGAUUGGUCUCACUCGCGAGACUGUUACAAUUGAUGCUCAAGAUCUCUCCCUUUCUGUUGUCAAAGACCUAGUGUGCUCCGUAGUUUAUCAAAAGGUACAGUACAACAUAGAACAUUAUUGAUUUUGAUUAUAUUAUUCCCACCAUUAUUUUUUUUUUGCCCUCAGGGACUUGGGAUAGAUAUCUUCAGGCUUAAAGUGGGGAGGAGAUGUGCAUGCAAUCCUCCCUGUGUCUGCCACCUCCACUUCAGACCUUCCAGGGCUGAGCAGGAAUGUCUUUAGGAAAGGUCUAAGCAUAUUCAGGCAAAGUCCUGAAGAGGGCUUAAACAAUCAGAAAUGUCUGCAUGGGAGUUAAAUGUUGCUCUGAACCCAGAGUAUAAUUGUUUAUUUAUUGAACUGUUUGUAGCAUUAUAAUUUGUCAGAGGGAACUAAUGAAUGUCAGGUUUUUCAUCAUUAAGGUAUGAGUACCUCUUUUGUAAUUUGAGUGUUAGCAGCAAAUUUUUACAUUUGACACAGUUUAGAACAUUUGAUAUUGUAUCUUUUCCUUCUUCUAAGAAGCUCAGAGUGGUAAGUUAGUCUCACAUCUAUGCUGGGAGCAGACUCUCAAGAAGGCCUGUUUCUAUUUCUGAGAUGUUUCUUAUUCGGUUCUCCCCCCACUCUUCUAUCUGCAGAAGAAUGGGUUUUGGGUUAUCCCCCUUUGUCUCACUGUGGAGAGAAGUUAAUUUUCUAAAUCAUAAAAUCUGACAUUUCUCCCAUCGUGAAGGGAGAAAGAAAUGGGUGCAGAAAUUCAAGGUCCACUCCCAAUUUUGCCCUGGAUAAAAUCAUUGGGGAGAAUAUAUCAACUCAACAGGGUUGUGGGGGCUUGCCAAAAACCACAGAGAAAUGCUUCAUAGCAAGUGGGUAUUUGAAUGGGUGCUUCUCACGUAUGAACUUGACACUCAGAUGUCUGCAUUAUGCUAGCUUUUUGUACAGAUGAGGAAGACUGCAGCUUGUGUGUUUCCUAGUACCGUGAAUAAAUUGGGCAUUGGAAUUCUGGAAAACUGGGGAAUGAAAAUUCAUUGCAUUGUUCUUGAAUGCUUUUGAUCCCCCUACAUACUAGCUGUAGAAGGCUUGGAAUUUCCUUUCCAUGUAGUGUGAAUCUGCCCUGCUUAUUGCACAAUAUGUGGCUGAUUAACCAAAAUUCCAUGUCCUGCGAAAAGGACCUGAUGCUGCUUACUAGGAUAUGAUUUUGCAUUGGGUUUGACUACUUGAUAAUAGAAUCUGAGUUGAAUUGAUCUCAAUUGAGUACAGCCAACACUUUCUUUUUUGAUCAAAAAUGUAUUAUCAGGCCCAGCUUUUAGAAAAUGAAUGAAGCAACAUGAGUAAUAGAUACAGAGUAUUGAUGAUUUAAUUUUCUAGUUACUCUGUGCUUUUCUGAAUUGUUUCUGUUGUGUAGACUUAUUAAAUUUAAUAUGCAGGUACCUGUUCCUCCCUGCCCUGGAUUUUAAAAGUUUAAAGUGACAUUGGAUUUUUAGAAAUUCAACUCUUUUCUCUCUCAGUUAGACAAUAGUUUCUUUUUUAUCAGUUUAGAAGCUUGCAUCAGCAUUUUGUUUAGUUUAUGCCCAAACUUUGACAGCAUGCUUGGUUUUUAUUGUAGUUUAUUUGAUUUCAUUGUAUUGCAGGCUAAUCCAUAUUUCUGCCUUUAGAAUAGUUUGUGUGUAUGCACACAUGUACACUAUCUUCUAACACUUUAUUGAUCUGCUCUUCCUUAUUUUCCUGAUUUCACAUUUGUCUCAUGUUUUUCUUUCUUGCUUAAGUCUUUUAAGUUUGUCUUCCUGCCUGUUCUUGGCAACUUCUGCUUGAAUCAACAGAAGCUCAAAAGUACAUUAUAUAGGGAGCCAAUUGUACUGUAAAAUGACUAGGACUUCAGAUUCUGGUCUUGUCCUGUCCAAUUGGCUUUAGUACAGCUUUAUGUGAAGGAAAGCUCUGAUUGUGCUAGCAUCAGCUGCAGAGUGAGCACAUGUCCUAUCCAGGCAGCACACUACUGAUCAGGAAAUGGGGAGGAGGGAUGCUUAUUUGUGGUGGAUUUCUUUUUUAUAAGUACUUGUGCAGCUGGUGCACAGGUGGCAGUAUUACUCCAAGAGCACCGGCAGAUUUUAAAAGUGCAUCUGAUCCUUGGCUAGGUCUUUGAGGCACAUCUAUAAGUACAAAGAUCUAAAAUCAGAUUAUAGGCAAGUAUAAUAUAAAGACUGUCCAACUUGAAAGCAUUUCUCUACCAAAAAGGAGUUGAUAGCAAUUCUGUAAUGUUAAAGGCUCCUCUGUUUUUGCUAUUCCAUUGCUGGGAGAAGUUUUUUCCCUUGGUGUUGAUUGCUUUGUCAACUUUCUGCAAUUUAGGACCUGGGGAUAACAUCUCUAUACUUGUGUUUUUAAAAAUGUAUGUAAUUCAAUAUUCAUUUGUGUGCGUUAUGUUUAUAGCCCACCCUUUCUCCCAAGAUCUCAGGCAUACAUGAAGUUUCCACACCUUUAUCCUCACAACAACACUGUGAAGUAGAUUUGGUUGAGACAGUGUGAUUGGCUCAAGAUCACCUAGGGAUCUUCAAGGCUGAGUGCAUUUUGAACCCAAGUCUCUGUGACCCAAAUUUAACCUCUCUGCUAGACUAUGCAGUUCCUCUUCACAUUUUACUUCCAUGGAAGGCACUGAAUGAGGAGGAGUGAGAUUACACUACUGCCAACAACACAUGGCCACUUUAGCUCUGGUGUCACCAUUUUGAGCACCAGUGUCUGUAGAGGAAUUUUUAUGCAUAAACAGCUACUCAUGUAUAGUGGUUGCUUUUAGACACAUACUCUGUGGUUGAUUCCAGGGAUAGUCCUGCCACUUCUACAUGAGAGUGGUCUUCAUGUAAAUGAAUUGUGUAUCCUGUAGAAACUUUUUUUUUUUUUGUAAAAUGUAAGACUUCAAGUGUCUGAUUUAUAAUUAGGAAUGUGCCUUGAUGGUGUCUCAAUUACCUUGAACUCCAUAGAAUGAAACUUGCAGGCCAUGUUCCCUUUAGGAGUAAAGUAAUAUUAUUUCACCAUCAUUUUUCAUGAUUUAUAUUUCUGUAAUGUGUGUUGAGGUGUUUGUGUGCAACAGAGCACUUUAAAUUGCAGCUGUUUUUGUUCUAGCAAGAACAAAGUUGGGGCAUUCUGAUGGCAGUACUACAGAAGAGUUAGUGCUUAAAUUCCAACCUGAUCCUUGUUUUGUACAUUUGCCUGAGUAGCAACAGUUGGUUUUACUUUUUUGAAAAGGUUCCUCGCUUCUGUAUUUCAAUCCAAUAUCAGUUCAAUUGUCUGCCUCCACUGGCUACUCUUGCUCUUCUUUCCAUUCUUCUAUUUUCCUAUUACUUUCACCUGCCAGCCCACACUUUGAACCUGAAUCCAAUGUUCUCUGUGGUAACUCACAAGAGCUUUCUACAGGUUUCUCUACCUUUGAGAAAAGGAAGUAUCAAUGUGGCACAGGAAAACAAUGUAAUACAUAAAUGUUUGUUGAAUUCAAAUACACUCAGAAUAAAGUAGCCGAAGGAGUAGCUAACAUGUUGCCAUACAGCUGUGGUUGGACUACAGCUCCCAUAAUUGACCAUUGGCCUUACUAGAUAGGGCUGUUGGGAGGUUGGAGUCCAGCUUCUAGGGGGCAGCAUGCUGGCUACCUUGGAAGUAGAGUAACCAAAAUAAAAUGGAAUGAAUGUUUCUCUGGAACGUUGGAAGCUGUUGUAUACUAAGUGAGACCAUUUUGCUAUCUAUUUCUCACUAUGGUCUACAUACACUUGCAGGCUGUGACUCUCAUCUUGAAACUCUGCAGAAUCUUUCCUUAUCCUACCUGGAGAUGCCAGGGCAGAACUUGGGACUUUUCGGAUGCAAAACUUGUUCUUUAUGACUAAGGUCCCUCCCUAACUGUGUCUUUGAUCUGUGAAAGGUGAAAGCUAUAGAUGUAAAUUAGGAAGGUUCCAGUUUGCACUAGUUUUAACUAUACCCUAAUUGUGCAGGGUGAUUAAUAAUCCCUUGUUUGUUACUGUGGUAGACAAUGGGGUUUUCCUGAUAGCAACCUGGUAUUUCAGAAUGGGAGACUUAAAAAAUGUGUGUGUGAACAUUUUGGGUGUUGAGUGUCAUGUGAGCAGGCUCUUGCAACUGGACUUCUCCUUCCUCUCUCCCCCCUGCAGCCCAUAAAAUCUGUUUUGAAGGAUUUUUCAACCCUUGUUCUAGUUCUGGUGCUGUGAACUAUGUCAUGCUUUGCCUUAGGGGCAGAGGUUUUCAACCUUUUGGGGUCCAUGGCUCCCUUGACUAACUACAUUCUUUCUGUGGCAUCCCUGUGGGGCUCAGGAGCCCAGCUAUGUCAUCCCUUGGCUGCAGAGCUGGCAGCCUCUCACCCCUUUUCGAACACCCUCCUUUGAGUGUUCCCUCAGCCUCCUCUCUUCUUCCCUCUCCUUGGGAGUCCUCUGGGCAGUCGCAGCUGCCACUCUUGGUCUCUGAGAUGCUCCCCUACCCCAAAGAGAGGUGCCUUCUCAUACUGCCCCACAAAGGCCUGGAAAGCCCCCCCUGGCCAGCCCCAGAGGCACCAUUCGCCUGGGGAGCUUGUAGUCAGGGCUGCUGCAAAGAACAGCUGUUCAAGCCUUUGGGAGGCAGAGAUGCAAGAGGGCAUCAGAGGACGGAGGGAAAGAAAGAGGGACAGAGGCCAGUGUUGCCCAUGGCACCCCGGCCAUCAUUCAAGGCACCCCAGGAUGCCGUGGCACACUGGUUGGAAACCACUGCCUUAGGAGAUUGUCUGACCCUGGACUCAUGUUCCAUCUCCUCAGUUCAACAACAAGCUGUAAACCAGAAACAAACCAUGGUUCCAGCUCAUGGUUUGUCUGGACUGAGACAAACUGGGGUUCAGACAGUAUGCUAAGCUAAACUACACUUCUGCCAGUAGGUUCAGAGAAGGAGCAAAGUGGCCACAAUCUCCUUUCUGGAAGCCCACACACUGACACUAAGCUAUGGGUUGGCUUAGCGUUACGUGCAAACCUAGGAACUGUUGGAUGUCCGCCUUUAUCUGCUAGCUGGCCAUUCAUUCUCCAUCCCACCCUCCCAAUCCAUAAUUGUUAUUAUCAUGAAGUUAGAUUACAAGUAUUAUUUGUUUUUCCUAAGAAUUUCUGUAGCGUUUUAUAUUACUCAUCUUUCCCUGAUUUGCCUUCCAUUUUUCAUUGCAUUCUGGCUUUUCUCUUAUCUUAACUAAUGGCUCCUACAGUGUUUCCUUUAAUGGCUCAUCUUCUCAUUUCUGUUUCUGGCAUCCCUUAAAGUGGUUUUCUCCAUUAUCUGCUCUUUUGCCCAAUCUUAUAUGUGCUCUAAUUUCUUUGAACUGCCAGCACUCAUCUGAUUUUGCAUUCUUCUGGUUUCUAGCCAGCCUCUCCCUCAUGAUUCAGCUUCAUCCCUGCAUUGUUAGAGCAGCUUUUUGGCUUCUGCUAUUUAUCCUUAAUUGACUUUCUCAAAAAGUUAACCUGCUUCUAAUAAACUUAUUUCUAUAUCCAUUAACAAUUUCUCAUUAUGCUGUCUUUAAGACCGGUAAGCUUCUUUUCUGCUGCUGUGCUAUGUGACUCUUCCUAAUUUUGCUUUUUCUCUCACCUUAAUCUCAGACUAAUCUUCUGAGUCAGCCCCACUCCCCCUCUCUCCCUCUCUCCUGCUCUUGGUGUGCAUAUGUGAAAUAUAGAAAUGCAUUUUAUUUGGUUUUAAAAUUGAUGGCCAUAAAGGAAGAUCAGUUCAGAACUUCAUUUUACCCUUCCAGUGUGUGCUAUCAUGUGGUGAACAGAUGCAUUCUCUGUGAACUAAAAGUUUAGUUCUAAAAGAUGGAGAAUUGUAUACUUUUUCACAUUCUAACUUCUUCUGGUAGGGAAGUGUAUUUGAUCAUUAUUAUGGCAUUAUUAUGGCUUCCUUACCCAUUCCAUGCUGUUUUCCCCUGAAUGUGAGCAUCUGCCACACAAACAUCUCUAUCAUAUUGGGCUUGUGUAUUCAUCCCUCUUCUCUUUCCACAUGUCCAAGAAGAGAAUUUCUGCUGAGUUUUCUUUCUGUUUUAAAGAAUUUUGGCUUAGCCUUACAUAAGAGCUAGUAAUCCUGGUUUAAAAAUGGUUAAACAAGUCAGCUUUAAACCAUGGUUUAUGAACUUGGCUUGUUUUAACUAACCUUUGUUUUAAACUAGAAUUCUUGGGUCAUUUGUAUUGCUAAGGCAAGAUUCUUUGAAAUGGAAAGUAAAUUUGAGAGAAGUCCUGCUCCUGGGUGAGGGAUGAGCAUACAAGCCCAGACUUGUCCAUGUAUGCUUUAGCAUCACAUGUGAACUAGCCUUUUGAAUUAAAGGAAGCUUUCCUAUGUAAAUGGUGAAUCAGUUUGAUUUUUCAGAUAUAAAUAUUUACACUCUACCUACAAAAUACAGAUGGGACUCAUCAUCCUUGGAAGGUAGCCCAUCUAAGAGAAGUAAAAUUUUGAUCCUAAACUUCCACUGCCUUGCAGGACGUCUUCAGGAGAAAAAAAGGCUAAGGAGUAAACUCUGCACAAAUCCGGAGUGGAGUCCAUAUGAUUUCUUCGCCUCCUUCUGGCAUCCUCUGGCCAAAUGUAUUGCUCUGCUUUUAUUUGAACCAUACCAGCAAGGUUGAGAGCGGGGUCUUGUUGUCUGGGCUGCCCAGGACCUCCAUAUAAACUAACCAGGCUUGCGCCCUGAGAAGGUCACUUCCAACAUAGUGAUUUGACUUCACCCCCGGAAGCACACUCCAUUGUCUCUUGAGACAUAUGUCAGCAACAACAACCAGACAGAGGCAUUACAUUUUUACCUGCUGAAAACAAAACUCCUACUCUGCCCAGAAGCUGUCAGACUUUGCUUUGUUCUAUUAAUCAUGGUCUCUUCAUCUUUGUUUAAUACUUGCUUCUUUUGUGAGAGUAGGGCUGGACCAAGGCAGAGUAAAGCAGAAAAGAGCAACAGUGGAAGGAAGAAAAGACAAAAUUGACCACUGAAAAGGUUCUUAUAUCCUCAUACUUAAGCUGCAAUAGGUUCCAUUGAUAGGAUUGCACUGUUAAUAGUGCAAAAUGUCAUAGGCUCUUGCUGGCAGACUUCAUAUGGGAAUAUUUAAGAGGCAUUCCCUUUGUAGGUAAAAGAAGAAAGCAUGCAAAAUGUAUUCAAUGAGAUAAACCAAAUUCAGGGCCUGGUUGUAAAAAUGAAAUAAUACUCUAGUUGUAAACGAACCACAAUUUAGUGGUUAGAUUUGUACCAUUAUUUAGGAAAUAUAUCAAGAAGCAUCAGUGGGAAACAUAUUUUCAUUCAGUAAUUUAAAUGGGGCAACGGAAGAAAUACAUUUUUGGUAUCUCGUAUUUUCUGGAACCAAUAUGACAACAGCUGUCUUUAUGAUUGCCUCAUCCUCUCAGAUUUCCUUUAAAUGCAAUGUUUUCAGAUACUUUAAAAGUGCUUUCUCUCCUCCUACAGAGGCAUCACUCUUUUUAAAAUCUAUCUCACUGCAUCAAAGUUGUUUCUGUGUGCUGUUUCUGCUUAUGUCUGAGUAUAACUUCCCUACCCAUUUAGCUGUGUCUUUGAAGCUGCCUUCCAUUGUUGUCUAUCUUUUUGAUCAUAAUGUCUUCUGUGCCAUCUGCAAAGAAUACAUUUCAGACAUGACCUAUCUCUUUUUCAUCUCAUCUCAUGAAUGUUAAGUUUCCCCCUUAAACAAGCAUUCAGCAAUGUGUGUGUAUUUAUAUCUAUCUAAAUUGCUAGAUACUUAUAAUUAAAAUAUUUUUUGCCAAAAUCAUAAGCAGACAAAGCUGAUUUUAAAUGUAUGUAGUUGUGAAAUAAUUUUAAAAGCAUAGUAUAAAUUAGCAGAAGUGUCAUGCUUGUUUUGAGCUUGCAUUUUAAGCAAGAAUCAUUUCCUUUUUAAAGUUGAAUUAGACAUUUAAUUUAACCUGCAGUGAUUUGUCAUUCAAUACUUUUCGUACUACAACUGCUGAUUUCUAUUUUAUUUUUUUAAUGCAAAAAGCACAUUCCUCUUAUUGUUUUAGCUGCUGUGAUCAAUCAAACAUGCAGAAUUUGUUUCCCCUGAAGAUUGUAGUUUUGAACAAAUUGUGGUGAGUGUGGUUUCAUGGCAGCAUCCACUCUCAAACUGUGUAUAGCAUAUACUGUACAAACCUACAGAACUAAAUGGGGAUGUCUGGGAAGCGUCUUAUAGUUGGUUCAAUAAUGGCAUGGACUCUAAUGUACUUCAGAAUUUGAGAGUCUGAGGUAGUAUACCUUCAGGAAGCAAAAAGAAAAUCAGUAGCAUGUAUGAAUGCAAGUUAUGAGAAUAAUCGUUGUUUAUAUAUUUUAUCCAAUAAAACAAUUGCUUCCACCUUAUUUCAAGUUAAGAGAUUUUUGGGAUCCUGUGCUUGCCUACAUUGGCUCCUUAUUUGUAGUUUACUUGGCAAGUGGUUCCUGAUAGAAUAAAUUGUUAGAGCAAAUAAAUAAACUGAUAUAAGGAAUGUUGGGUGUAGUGAAGGGUUAACCUUCUGUGUCUCGAGGCUGAGAGGAGGCGCUUACAAGGGAAGUAAGCCAGGACGUGACGAAAGCAGCUUGGAAUGCUGUGAGCUGAGUGAAAAGUGAAAGCAGCUUAGUUGCGCAGCUGCAAGCUGAGAGAAGGACGCAAAAUGCAACUUCAAUCAGAUGGUGUUUCCUGAUUGUAAAUAUGCUACUUUUGAGCAAAUAAAGUGCUACUAGGAAAGAAGAAACGUGUGAGACUUCUUUUACUGCCCUUCCAACACGGACGCUGUGCAAUUCUGCUAAUUGCUUUACGACCUGCAGAGGAGUGCAGGGGAGCGUGCCGGACGCCAAGAAUAAAGCAAUAAAUCUACCUAACAUGGUUAUGGACAUGAUUAUGGGUCAACGUGAAGCGUGUGAGGAAGGGCUUUGAAGCUUUAUCUGCUGAUCGUCAGUUUGAUCGACUGCCGGAGACUUCAAAGGGGCAGAUCGGAGGAGGCUGGGAGCUAAGAGCCAUGACGUCCGGAGUUCCCAGUUUGGCUGAGUGAGUGAGUACCUUUGGAAAAGCCAACAGAAGGGGGCAAUGGCUCAGCCCUGUGAACAUGGCUUUGAGUUUAAACUGCCAUGUCAGAAACUGACUAGCCAAAAUUGGCUGCAGUGGAGAUUUCAAGUGGAGCUUUUGCUAGUUGGGGAGCAGCUGUGGAAUGUAAUUCACCCCACACAGAAUGCAGCUGGGAAAGCAGAGGCUAAUAGGGCUGCAGAGCAAAGUGAAGUUGAGAAGCGUGUGCUUGCUUUUUUGGCAGAAAGUGUGGAUGCUCAUCUGGUGCCUGUUGUCCUGGGUGCAAGAAAGCCAGAGGCCGCUUGGCUAGCACUCCAAGAAGCUUGUGGAGCUGGAGUGGGAAGCAAGGGCCGAGAAGUGGCUGCAUCCGAAAGGGAGAGGCAAGAUGGCGCCGGCCACAUUCUUGAGUGCCGAUACACAGCUGGGAGGAGCUGGGAGCCCCCACAGGGGGGCGAAGGGACUGUUGCUGUUGUUGUUGCUAGCAAUGCUGCUUGUGCUUUUGCUGAGCCUGGGAGCUGUGUGGAUGCUGCACCCAUCAGGGGGGGUGCAGAAAAACGUCCUGGAGACCCCAUGAGCAGUGGGGGGGCAGUGAGCAGUGAAAGCUCAGAGACGCCUCUUUCUCCAAAAGCUGCCAAGAGUUGUUUACGUCGUGAGUCGGAGCCUGGGAAGCUGAAAAGAGCUAAAGGCUUCAAGGUCAGCCACCUGCAGCAAGGACAGAUAAGAGCUUCAGAGUUGUGUGGGAACGCCGAGACAAGUCCAGUCUCCAUGGCAACUGAGAGAGUUGCAUCUACGGAAGCUGUGAAGGUCGUGGGCAAGUCUUCCUGCCAGGGGGAGUCUGUUGCCGUGACGACCAGAGAGGACAUCUGCAGAAGCCCCAAGGAGGGGGGUAGUGAGGAGAUUGUUGCCCUGGCGACCCAGGAAUGUAAACAACAAGACUUUCUCACUGUAAUAAUACUCUGGUGCCUCAAAUUCGUUGGUGCCAUCUCCUGGUCUUUUGAGGAAUUGCAGGACAGUAAAAACUGAGAAGUAUGUUACGUUUGCAGGUGGAAACAGAAAAAAGCUAACAGAGACAGGACUGUUCUUCUGUCCUUUCCUUAAGCAUGAAGUCAAAGCUUAUGCAGUGCCCGGUUUAACUAACUGUUUGUUAAGUGUGCAUGAUCUAUCGAUCGAUGGUUUCCAAAUUUCUUUUGCAGGUGACAAAUGUGAAUUUUCCAAGGAUGGGAAACACGUGUACACAGUGCAGUCUAAAGAUAAUUUGUUUGCUGUAAAUGUGCCUUUUUCCACAGGAGAGGAUGACACCGAAGAUGCGAAGGGCCAAUGUGUGAAUGUAGCACCCCACAGUGGUUGUUCACAUAUUUGGCACAGACGCUUCGCUCAUUUGAAUUGGAAAUAUCUCCAGAAAGCACCAGAGCUGACACAAGGGUGCAAAUUUAAUGCUUGUGACAAAUUUCUAGAUUGCAAUGCAUGUAAACAGGCGAAAGUUGUGACAUGCUCAUAUCCAAAGUCAGAGAGGCAGACCACACAACCCUUUGAAUUAAUUCAUGCAGAUUUGUGUGGACCCAUGUCUGUUGAGUCACUGGGAGGUUCUAAGUAGUCAUUACUUUUGAUUGAUGAUUUUUCGAGGUCUGCUUGGACCUUCUCUCUGAAAACGAAAGGGGAGGCGGCUAAAAUGAUCAGGGAUUGGAUCACCGCAGUUGAGGUAACUUUUUCCACCAAAGUUCGUGGUUUUCAAAGUGACAGAGGUGCUGAAUUCACUGGUUCUGCUUUACAGGAUUUCUUUAGGGAGAAGGGGAUUAGCCACAGACUGACCGUUCCUUACUCUCCGCAACAGAAUGGGGUCGCAGAGAGAAAGAACAGGGCGGUGCAGGAAGCUGUGUCUGCGAUCCUGUGGGACGCAGGGCUACCCCAGAAAUAUUGGUCGGAGGCUUGGCGAUAUGUGGUCCAUACCGAGAACAGAGUGUACAACUCUAGUGUAGGAAAUACACCGUAUUUCUUACUUCAUGGACGGAAGCCUAAGGUACACUACCUUCGUGUGUUUGGUUGUGAGGCUUGGGUGCUUAUUCCAAAGGCUCUACGCAAGAAAGGUGAGCCAAGAUCUAAAAGAAUGAUCUUUGUAGGGUAUGAGCCUGGCUCAAAGGCCUGGCGGUUUGCGUACCCAAGUGGAGACCAGUCUAGGUUGGUUAUCAGCAAUAGCGCUGAGUUCUGUGAGCAAGCUGGUUGGAAGCGUCUGCACGCUAAUCCAGACGUGCUUCCACAGCAGUUCUAUGGACUCAGAUGUUGAGGAGGAAGAGGAACUUGUUGCUGGGGACCACGGUCCAGAGCAACAGAGUCCAAGGCAGGGACAGCUCAGGAUCCCUCAGAGGGGGGAACCUAGAACACCUCCUCAGGCAAGUGUCAAGUUUGAGCCAAAGAGUGAGCCUUCUUCACCUGCUGGACUAGCUGUAAGGCCCAAGAGGCGCAGCAGGUCAGAGGGGGAAGACACUGAAGUUGAGGAUGAUUUAGCUGGACCCAGUGAAGCGGCAGGGUCACCAGGAGUCACACUGAGGAGAUCAGCGAGGACAAGGAGGCCUCCUGAUCGGUACGACGCUUCAGGCAUCUGGGUAGGUUCUGCAAGAUGUGAACCUGAAUCCUUCGAGGAUAUUCAGAGUUUACCUGAGGAAGAAGCAGGCAAAUGGCACAGGGCAAUGGACAAAGAGAUGAAGUCCAUGAAAGAUCUAGGUGUGUUCUCACUCACGGAGUUGCCACCGGGAAAGUAGGCUGUGAGUUCCAGGUGGGUUUACCGCUGGUAACCCCACUGGUGCUGGAGAGCCGCAGUAUAAAGCCAGGUUAGUUGCUCGAGGAUUUACUCAGAGGAAGGGAAUACACUUCACGGAGGUGUAUUCGCCAACGUCACGAGCGGAGACUCUGAGAACGCUUUUAGCUUGGGCAGCACAGAGAGGCUGGAAGGUAAACCACUUUGAUGUGGAUGUUGCCUACCUUAACUCAGAUCUCCAGGAGGAGCUGUACAUGAUUCCUCCUCCGGGGUUUGAGAACUCAAGGCAGGAUGUUGUGUGGAGAUUGCACAAAUCCAUCUAUGGAUUACGUCAAUCUGCUAGAAACUGGAACAUGUGCCUGAAUGAAGCUUUGGAGAAGCUAGGUUUCAGGAAGAGUCUUGCUGACAGUUGCCUGUUCCUUAGAGGAUCAGGAGACUCACAGGAGCUGGUGCUGAUUUUUGUUGAUGAUGUGCUUUUCUUCUCAGAAACAGAUGAACAGGCGGAGAAGUUUGCCAAAGAGCUAGGUAAACGAUUCAAGCUUAAACAGCUUGGUGCUGUCAAAACCUAUCUAGGUGUCAAUGUUGAGCGUGCACAGGAUGGAAGUUUUUGCUCAGCCAGAGAGGUAAAAUUGAGCAACUGCUUCAGAAGUUCAGGAUGAGUGAUUGUGCAGGAGUGAGAAGUCCUAUGGAGACUAGUUUUGUGAAGGACAGCCAGCAAGUAGAACGCACUGCGUUCGAAAAUACUGAAGUGUUUCAGUCAGCCCUUGGGAGUUUGUUGUACUUGUCCCAGUGGAGCAGACCUGAUAUAGCGUUUGCUAUCAAUCUGCUUAGCAGGGAGGCAUCAAACCCUAGUGUGCAAGCCUGGAAUGGCAUCAAGAGAGUUCUGAGGUAUUUGCAGGAGACCAAAGACUUUUGUCUUAGGUUGCCAGCACAAGGAGAAGUGAAACUGACUUGCUUUGUGGACUCGGAUUGGGCUAAUCUUGAGGAUCGAAAGUCUGUGUCUGGCCUAGUGGUGAUGUUUGGGAACUCAGUAGUUGGAUGGAGGUCCAAGAAGCAAAGUCUUAUAGCGCUCUCAUCCACUGAGGCUGAGUUUAGUGCUCUUUCAGAGAUGUGCAGAGAAGUAGAGUUCUAUGCUUGUUUGGUGCAGGAACUCUGCGAAGUGGAUUGUCUGCCGAUACGUGUUUUCGAGGACAAUCAACCAUGCCUGCGUUUGGCAGAGUCAGGUCAGUUCAAGGCCAGAACUAAACACCUAGACAUUCACUUUCGGAAUGUGUGCCAGAGUGUUCAGGAGGGAUUAGUUGCGCUGAAAUACUGUCCCUCUGCCAAGAACCUAGCUGAUGGGUUCACGAAGCCACUCACCUUCCAAAGACAUGGAGAGUUUUGUGAAGGUCUGGGUUUGGGACGACCAAAGGUCGAUUCUCCCCUCAGGCGCGAGACAAGAGGGGGUGUUGGGUGUAGUGAAGGGUUAACCUUCUGUGUCUCGAGGCUGAGAGGAGGCGCUUACAAGGGAAGUAAGCCAGGACGUGACGAAAGCAGCUUGGAAUGCUGUGAGCUGAGUGAAAAGUGAAAGCAGCUUAGUUGCGCAGCUCCAAGCUGAGAGAGAAGGACGCAAAAUGCAACUUCAAUCAGAUGGUGUUUCCUGAUUGUAAAUAUGCUACUUUUGAGCAAAUAAAGUGCUACUAGGAAAGAAGAAACGUGUGAGACUUCUUUUACUGCCCUUCCAACACGGACGCUGUGCAAUUCUGCUAAUUGCUUUACGACCUGCAGAGGAGUGCAGGGGAGCGUGCCGGACGCCAAGAAUAAAGCAAUAAAUCUACCUAACAUGGUUAUGGACAAGGAAGGUAUAGAAAUGAGGUAUAGAAUGGAAAUGGACUAUUUAUAGAUUUUUAUAUAGAAUGUUCUAAUGUAGAAGGCAUUGCUUACUAAAUUCAUAGAUCACAAGAGCACAGACAAGUCUAAUUUCAGUUUUUAUGUGACACUCAUUAAUGCUUCACCAGUAUAAAUUUUGGCAAGGCUUUCUAUAUAAAAAGGAUAUUAUAAGGUACUUGUUGUAUUUAUAAAAUAACACUUUUAAGAAAUGUGCUUCAUGGUCUAUAAACCAGCUAAGCCAGAAUACUGGUAUAUGUUUUCAAGAUAACAUAAUACCUUGCAACAAAAAGGGCUGAAAUGGAGUUGUAGGUAAUUGGUUGGGGUAGCUAUCAUUUAUUCUCAGAACUUUAGGUUGCAGUCUUAAUUCACACUUAACUGGAAGUUUGCCCCAUUGAACUCAAUGGGACUUACUUCUCAGCAGACAAGUGUAAGAUUGCAUUGCUAGUGUGCUUGUGUUUUUAAACAGGAUCUGUGACCUCACCUGGAAGCUCUUCUGCCAUAUCUGAUGGCAUAAAUUCCUCCUGGACUCCUCCCCAAACACUGGAGUCAUCUUCAACUUCCAUAUACAGUGGUAUCUCAGGUUAAGAACUUAAUUUGUUCCGGAGGUCCGUUCUUAACCUGAAACCGUUCUUAACCUGAAGCACCACUUUAGCUAAUGGGACCUCCCACUGCUGCUGCCACACCACCACCGCAUGAUUUCUGUUCUCAUCCUGAAGCAAAGUUCUUAACCCGAGGUACUAUUUCUGGGUUAGCAGAGUCUGUAACCUGAAGCAUCUGUAACCUGAAGCGUCUGUAACCUGAGGUACCACUGUACUUUUUGGCUGAAAUGCCUACUUCAAAAUAAAAAGCAGCCCUGUCUCAUUUAAUAAUUAAUAACGCUAUCAUUUUUUGAUGUGACUCCCUAACUGAGAAGGUGUGGGAAUUUUUGAAACUAGAGAUUUUUGGGAUCCUGUGCUUGCCUACAUUCGCUCCUUAUUUGUAGUUUACUUGGGGAGCUGCUUUCUCCCCAAGACUCCUGUAGAAUCUAUAGCACUGUAGUUGGAAGAGACCUAGAGGGGCAUCUUGUCCAGCCCCCAGCAGAAAGGAGCAUAGCUACCUGCUCUGCUGCUUGUUGAAAGUCCAGUUAAAAAGUUGAUUCUCCAGCUUCUUGCUCUGAGGAAACACCUGUGGGCCAUUACAGCGAGAAUUACAGCUGGUGAACAAAGAGUAGAGCUCUGGCUGAUGCAUUCCAGAGACUGGAGGCGGGAGAGACGGUACUGGAUAGGAGGAAAUACAAACAGAAUCUAUUGUGAAAGCAGAGAGUGCAGUUUCAGCUGAAGAGCUGAGAUCACAAAGUGAACUUGACCUAGUUGUCACAGAGGUGGUAAAACCAUUCCUGAACUGCACUGCUUGACAUUAUAGGUAUCACAUAAUUGAAUUCUGCUCCCUGCAAAAAAAUGGACUGCAUGUAGAAAACUAGAUAUUGGGAAAAGGUGUUCUAGUUUUUUAAACAUAGGGGGGAAAUAUGGGAAAAAUAUGGAUCAACUUUCAGUUAUGUGAACCCAUUCUGCACUCUCAGCGCAUACAGGCUUCUCACCUCAGCGAGCAAAGGCUAUUUCUUUGUUGUCCAGCAGCUGUUAUUCAGAUGCGUGCUGCUUCUAUCCUGGAGUCGUGACUAGUAGCCACUGAUAGGCAUGUUCACGGAGAGUAAGGCUAAUCCCCUUUAUACAGUGUCUGUAUAAAAUUGUGGAAAAUUGCAUACUGCAUGAAAUGAAUACUGCACAGGCUAUUGCUGGUAUGCUUGGGAGACAUGUAACAUGAAAAAUAACAGAUAUAACUAAGGAUUGUUUGAUCUGCAUUUCAAAGUGAACUGACCUCUUGGGCUAAUGUGCAAAUUGGAAUGCAGUUAUUCUCCAAAUUUUGCAAUGCAGUUCUCUGCUUAGAAAACUAACCAAAAUUCAUAUUUUGGGAUAAAAUGUUACACUGGGAUAGAAUACCUUCCAAACUAUGAUUUUAAAGACAAUUUUUGUGCAUUUUUUUGUAGAUUAUACAGAAAUAGGGCAGAAAGGAUUUGGGAAUAAAUACCUACAAAACUGACAUGGACUGGAGAUGGAUGACUUUGUCCAUCCCUAGAUAUAACCCUUAGGCAGGUAAUAUUUUAUGAUGCUCUAGAGAUCUUUCAGCUUCUUAUAUGUUAUAGGAAUUAUGUUCCCUUCUUAGGUUUACUGUAACUUGUUAAUCUUCGUGCAUUCAGUGCAGUCCAACGUUGGGAACUGCUAAUGUACUGUUGCCCUAGGUUGUGAAAAGAGCCGCUCAAUGAGCAUCAGCUAUGGACAAGUGCUACCCUCUUUCCUAAGCCGAGGUUUUUGGCAGGAGGCCACUUAUUUCUGAAACUCUUCCACUUAGGUGGACAAGCAGGUUUAUUUACUCUGCAAGGGAAAGUGGUCAGGCUUUCUCCAGGAGGCACUUCAUGCAGUCAACACUGCUGCUUUGGCAUGGAUCUGGCUUAGGACCAAAUUAGGCAUUGCAUUAAACAUAUGUCUGGCUCUUGGAUGCUUGGCUUUCCUUUACUAAAAAACAGGUGAAGCUGAUCCAGAUUGGGAACAUGGUGUGGAGGAGAAUGAAUCUAACCCUUUGCCCCCGUUAUGAAUGGUGUAUGGAAUUAAUACUCUUUGAUUUGGCUUAUUCCAGAGGGGCUUUCUUAUUUUGUACAAACGAUUCAGCUUUCAGGGUUUUCAUCUGUAUGUAUUGAAGUGAAAUUCAUUGUACCUAAUGCACCAGCAUUAAAAAAAACUGAUUAUGAAAUUAUUUAACUGGGAUGGGCUUGUGAACAGAGAGAGAUUGGCUUGUUUUAGUUAACAUGCAGCUUAUUUUGGACUGUACUUUUGUUUUCCUCUUAAGGAGGGGUGUGGAAGAACAUUGGUACAUAGACUUUUAGGAGUUUGGAGCUUAUGAAAAUAGUAUCAUAUUUUUGCACCAAAAGAAAAUUAGUGUUUUGCUGUUCAGUUUCUGAUGACCCAGAGUUGGUCAUUAGUGUAUUGUGCAACUUUGAAGCAAAACCUCACCUUGUGAUUUGCUCAUUUUCCUGCUUUUAAGCAGAGAUAGUUGUAUGAGGCAAUUUUACCCACCCUGGCCAUUGGGCUAUUAUAUAUAUUUCCUGUGGAAUAAGUGUGGUAUCUAUAGUUUCAGCAGCAAACACUGCCCCUCACAGUGUGUUCUGAUGUGAUCUUUGUUUGAACAAUAUUUGGUGGCAAAGAGGACAUGAUACAAUAUGUAUUUUGAUUUCUUGCACUCAGUGGUUGCUCACUGAAGUGAUGGUGCUUAGAUUGGUGAUAGUGUGUGUGUAAAAUAGUAGAAUUUCAGUUUAAUCAGACUGUGAAUUCUGACCUCUAUGUUAACUUCUGAAUUUCUGAGAGAACUAAGUUUUUAAAUAUAGUAUGUGUACAUCUAACUGUAUUAGGUUAAGUUUUGAACUGAGUAUCUCACUUUUGAGAUACUAAAUCUCCCAGUGUUGUGAUAGAUCCUACUUGGGUGCCUUUCAGUGAUGGGGGUGGGAUUGCUGGCUGAACUACUUAUCAAAUAUUACAUUAAGAAAAUGGUUAAAAAAAAUAAAACUUCCAAUAUCAUAAUGCCAUCGUUAAAAUCUAUUGUGUGACUGCCCUUGGUAUACUGUUAACAGUUCUGGCUACCACACCUCAAAAAAGGAUAUUGUAGAGCUGGAAAUGGUUCAGAAAAGGCCAGCCAAAAUAAUUAUGGGGCUAGAACAGUCUCCCUAUGUGGAAAGGUUACAAGGUGGGGACAUGAUAAAAUUGUAUAAUAUUAUUCAGAGAAAGUUGAUAGGGAACCGGAGCCAUCUAAAUAUUGGAAGAUUAAAGACAGACGAAAGUAAGUACUUAUUCACACAGUGCAUGAUUAAUCUGUGGAAUUUGCUGUUUUUAAGUCACAUUUUAGUCAAUGUUGUAUAUUUGUUGUUAGCCGCCCUGAGCCCGGUUUUUAAACCGGGAAGGGCAGGGUAUAAAUAAAAAAUUAUUAUAAUAUUAUUAUUACUAAUAUGUGGCGAUGACCAUUAACAUGGAUGGCAUUAAAAGAGUUUAGACAAAUUUAAUGAGAAUUUAAUGUUGGGGGCAGUAUGUCUCUGAAUGUCAGUUGCUGAAAAUCACAAGCAGCGAGACUCGAUUGUGCUCAUGUCCUGCUUAUAAGCUUCUCAUAGUUGCUUUGUCAACGUGAGAACAGAAUGCUGGGCAAGAUGGGCCUUUUGAUUUGAUCUAUUAGAACUCUUGUCUUAUGUCCUUAAGUUGACUGCUGUGCCCUAGCUUGGCCUAAGACUUCCAGGGAAGGCCUGAUGGAAGAAGUAGCCCGUAUAGAAAAUGACACAGUAAUGUCCAGAAAAACAGUAGCAAGCCUGAUGGUCAAGUCCAGGGGUCAGCAACCUUUUUCAGCCAAGGAGUGGUCCACCUUCCCUCAGACCAUGUGGUGGGCUGGACUGUAUUUUUUUGGGGGGAAAUGAACGAAUUCCUAUGCCCCACAAAUAACCCAGAGAUGCAUUUUAAAUUAAGGGAAACAUUCUACUCAUGUAAAAACACACUGAUUCCCGGACCUUCCGUGGGCCGGAUUGAGAAGGUGAUUGGGCUGCAUCCGGCCCCCGGGCUUUAGGUUGCCUAUCCCUGGUCAAGUCGAUGGUAGGCUAUGCCAGAUCGCAAUUGGCAAGAGGAGGGAAGGUAUGGUGUGUCAGGACCCUGGACAGGUCACUGUGGCAGGUACUGGUUGAAACUCACCCAAGGGGAGCUGCUACCUUGGCAGCAUGUGGAGCCCUUGUGAACACUGGCUGGUCUGGAUUGGCUAUUAAUCCUGACUCCUUUGAAGAGCUGCCUAUAUUUUUAAAGAAUAUUGUCUGAUUUUACAGCUGCUGGCUCCUACAGCAUGGGAGUCGUGAGGACUGUAUUGUGCAGGGCAGGUCAUCUUCUGAGUCUGAAGAGUCUGGUCUUGAUAGUUCUGUAGUGUGGGAUGAUGGCUUCCUAGGUGAUGCCUCUGAGUUAGUGCGGGGUUGAUACCAGAGAACAUGACAUUGCAUGCUGAAGAAGAAAGCAAAUCGAUGUUGAAUUUGCACAAGAGUUGUCAUACACAUUUGUUUAGUGUUGUAGAAUUCACUACAGAUAUCUUUGCAUCAAUUAUUUUAUGAGCUGAUGAGGACAUAAAGCAACAAAUGUAAGUGACUACAAAUAUUACACUAGGAACUGCCUUCCGCACAGCAUUCUGUACACCUUCCCAGCCCAUAGAGUUUUACAUCUUGCCCUUAACUUUCUGCCUUUUUCCUUCCCACACUUUUUAGGUUACUCUUUUGCCAUUUCCCCCUUUUUCUUUCCCACCUCCCCUAGUUCAAAGUAUUUUGUGCAUUGUGACCAGAGAGUUUCUGCCACAAUGAGUUUAGCUCUGCAAGAGGACCAUGUCUUCAUCAGUGCGGUGAAGUUUCUUGAAGCCAUAUUUAGUGUUUGUACAUAUGCAAAAAAUAACUGACAUGUAACUGGGGGAUCUGGUAAGUGUUAAUAGUGGUUUUCCUUCGUUUUCCAUUUGCAUGUAUGCAAACUUCCAGUCUUGCAAAAGUCAAAUAUUUUAAUAUUGAACACAAGAGAAAACAGACUUUUCUAAGACAUUAAAUUUUGUCCUGGUGAUCUGCAUAAAAUAUGUACUAGGGGAAGAAGCCCUCAAAGUUGGAAGAUACCAUGAUGAACUAGUUGUUGAUUACUUACAGCAGUUGCAUUUCACUGGUUGCAUUGUCUGGUGAAUGUCCUAUUUAACUAUUAGCAAUUUGUGUUGUUUUUCUAACUCCUUUUUCCUAGUUCUGCUUAUAGGCAGCUGUGGUGAGCUGGUGUGAGAGUAAAGCAUAUUCUUAGCCAAAAUAUGCAUACUUGUUAAGGCCAAAGUAAGUGCAGAUGAGGUAACUCUUCUUUUCCUUACCUAAAUAAAUAAAUAGUGAUCUCAUUCAAACCCCGAAAUACACAGCAACCAAGAACCAGAAGUCAAGUGGUAAAAUUUCAGGAAUACUUCUCCAUAAUUUGCAAAUAGGUGAGUAAAAGAUGGAGAAAUCAGAGUUCAGUUAGCCAAACCCAGGAAAUAUUCCGGUUAUCCUCAGUUGCCCUGUGAGUUAAAAAGUAAAGUCCUGGGCAAAGGUUUGCAUCCUUUGCUGUGGGCAAAGAAAGGUGACAUAGAAAUAUGAACUCUUUCUGUUAAACACAGAUUGGGCAGCUAUGUGAACAUUAAUGGAUGGUGCAACAUGAUUCAUAGGAAAGUACCAGUUAUUGAGUUGUGUAUACAGGCAACCAUUCUGAGAAGAGGAACUACCGGUAAUUAGGGCAGUGGGAAGAGAAGUAUAAAUGAGAGAAGAUCCUGGUUUUAUGCGGGAGGCAGUGGAAGACAGGAGUGCCUGGCGUGCUCUGGUCCAUGGGGUCACGAAGAGUCGGACACGACUAAACGACUAAACAACAACAGGCUAGUGAUAAAGCGGGAUAUCAGAUCCAAACUCUUCUUUUACUCAUCUUCUAUAUUGCAUCCUGGACAGAGAGACUUCAAGCUGGUAGCCUAAGAGAAUGAAGAAUUGUUUAAUUUUGGUUCUUACAUUAUAAUUCCCAGAUCUCUUUUCUGCAGCUCCUUUAACUUUUACCUUCCUUUUUCCUUCAUACUGCUAGUUAGGAUGUAGAAUGUAGAGAUCUUACAUUCAUCACAUAUGUCAAACUUAUCGAGCUGUUACUUCCUAAGUGUAUAGGAAGGUCUUAACUAUUCAUUUGAAAACAGCAAAAUUAUGGGGUUUGGGGGGGUAGGUGGGGAGGAAGGAAAUGAAGCUAUCUCUCUGGGUUUGAGCAAGCUUCUGUUCAGAUUGUGUCUCCCCAUCUACUGCCAGUUCACCAAAUGCUGACACUUUAUUCACUUCUCAAUUGUGCAAAGCAUAAAACUGACCUCUCAGACAAAACUUUUCACAUCUUACCACAGGUGUUAAUGGAUACAUCCUUGGGUGUUAAUUUUUUUAUAUGUACCCCAUGUUUUCAUAAAUUGUUGUACAAUUAAUCUCAACUCUUCUUGGUAAUCUGUUUCAUUCUUAGAGAUCCAAGGGAGCACUUCUAAUAGGAUAGCAAUGCAGAGUUGUUUUAAUUGGUACCAUGUGUUUUUCAGUAUUUUCUGAUGUCUCUGAACAUAGCCAACAUAAUAACUGUGUGGCUUCAUAGUACACUAACAAACUUGGGACUGUAAGUCCAUCCUUGUGCAUUGGGGCCUGUUUAGUAAGAGCCUUCCUCAAUCCUGUCCAAUAUCUUCUGCCAAUUUUCCAGUUCUUGAUCAUCUGAAGCAGAAAAAAUAUGAAUACAAAUAAAACUUAAUAGUUGUAACAUUUUAAUUGUACAGAUUAGAUAGUUUGUUCCAAAACCAGAAGUGAAAGUUAUGGCUGCUUCAUAGAAAUAAUAUUUCUGUGUAAUUUUAAUUUGAGUUGUGUUUACCUGAACCCAAUGGCUUGGAUUCAGAGGAAUGCCAGCUGAAGGGUGUUGAUGGAAUGUGACUUUCCCACCCCUGUAAAGCUUCUCUUAAGGAUCCUGGCUGGGCUGAGGGAAAAGGUGGAUUCCAAAAAUGAAGCAGAAACACUUUCGACGAGCAGGAGAUUUGUGAUUAGUCAUUUGGUUUAGAAAAGUAGAUGUAAUUCAGGCAGGGAGAUUCUAGUCAGUAAAUAGAGCAUUGCUCAUUAAUGCUGGGUUUUCAUAACCUCCUCAAGGACAAUAGAAGGCUCACCAGCUUAAGCUAGUGAAAAAAAUUGCGACACCUUGCAGUGUUUCUCUUUGUCAAAAGCAACAAGGCCUUUGGGCAGCACACAUCCAAUCAUUUAUAGGAUGUGCUGGGACACAGCCCAUCUCCAAAAGUAGUUUAGGGAGGAGACAAGGCAUAUUUCUCCUGGUCUACCUUACUGUGGGGCUGGAGUUAGGAGGAAACUUCCUCUGGUGGGGCUGGGGAUAAAUAACUGGAAUUCUCUUCAUCUCCCACUAACUUCAGGAGUUCUCUGCUUAGGAACCAUCAUGAAGCUUGGCUUUUUCAGCACCUAAAAUGCCUUACAUCAUGACUAUUCAAAAGUCUCUCACUGAUAUUGGCAUGUUCUCCUUCUCUUGAACAAUAAGCUUUCAUGAGGAUUGAAAUCCAUGUUUUCCAUUUGUUGCUGACUUUUGAUGAUACACUGAUUUAUUGAUAAAAGUAUUGGUUGGAAACAAUUUUGUAACCAUAAAACCUAAAUGCUCUUGUUAGUGUAAAUAGAGUGUGAUGCCAAGAGAAUUAGGUAGUAACCAAGGAUGUGGUGAUAACGGGGACAUUCUGGUGAGGUGAGAAAUGUAGUUCUAUCUCACUCCCUAUCAAAUGGAAAUGAUCCCAUCCCUCAUGCUGAAGGGUGGUUGAGCUUUUCAUAGCAAGUGGGCUGCAAAGGUAGUACAACAUGGAACCCAUGGGCUGCACACUGCCUUGUUGCACACAGGGGAAGCAAGGCCAAAAGUUGACCCCCCCCACCCUUGCGCUGCCUUCCUAAAGCUGGCUAAGCGAGGUUUGGGGCUUUGGGAAGGAGGCAGAAGACACUGGCAGGGUCCUAGACCCCUUCUUCUUCCUCCCCAAAGCUGGGAAAGCACCAAUUAGGCUUUGUGACGGAGGUGGGAGCACUCUUAGGACCCUGUCUGAGCCCUCAUGCAUGCUUCCCACAGCUCAGCAUCUUGCUUACCUGGCUUUGGGAAGUCAGUGUGAGGGCUGGUGUGUGUGCCAAAUAUUGCUGAGGACCACCAAAAAGCCUCAAGGGACCACCCUACUCUAGAAUAUGGUGCAAUGCGAAACACAAUAUUCAUUCAUCAAAUCUGGUUGGCACUUUGAAGAAAUGACGCGAAAACAUCUUGCCUAUAGUUUUCUUUAUCAGAAACAGCAGCUAUUCCAUCAGGCUGAAAGGCUCUUUUGGGGCUCCUCUCCUCAAGUUUUUCCUAGCUGGUCGUUCCUCUGUAAGUAAGACGUUUCCUCCCCCGCCCAUUCCAAUCACCUUCCUUUUUUAUUACGUAUCUUAGAGUGUAAAUUUGAGGGCAGGGAUUGUUAUCAGUGCCAUUUGUAAGCCACUCUGGGAGUCAUCUUUGGCAGAAGAGUGGGAAGAAAGUUCCUUAAAUAAAAAAAACUAAUUUUACAGUUUGUUCAGAAAGUUGUCAGGAAAGUGUACAUUUUGUAACGUAGAAAGGUUCCGACCUUCUCUGGAGUUCAUGCACCUUAUAGACUGGAUCUGAACAUUGGAACAUUUAAUCAUACACGCUUAGCUGGCUUCUGGCUGUUUCCCUAUAUAAAUAAGAAAUGGGGAGGGAGAGAAAUCUAUCUGAAUCCUCUAGUCAGUAUUUCUUCUGCCUGGUUCACAUACCAAUAGUAGCAUGUGCCAAGUUUCACUUGCUACGUCUUCUAUCUGAAGAGGAGAGAUUAUGCAUGUUUAUUCUAUGGUUUCAUUACGUAUAUUGCACAUGGUCGUGUGGCCCAUCUAACCUGUAAUUAGAUUUGAGUAUGUUUGAGAUUGAAAAAACGCAUUUCACCUCAUUGCUUUAAAAUCUUACAGUAUUAGCAAGGCAAGUAUAUUUUUUUUAUGGAUAGCUGUUUUUGUAUGUUGUAGUUCAUCACCAACUACUCUAUCAAGGCCAAUGAGAUAAUAGCACAAAAACUUUAUAUCAUUCAACAUUAGGUAGCCUCUGUUGCAAACCUUUUAACUUUCAGCUUAUCUUCAUCAACACAUCUAUUUUUCAGAAGUUAUUAAGGUAUUAAUAGGUUUGCUGUGUUCUAAAGAAUGCAUGCAUUCAGGUUUUCUGUAGCUGCAAUAGUUGGAGAUUUGUAUCAGUUUGAGAUGAGCAAAUUAUGACAUGCUGUAAUUUGGAGUCUGCUUUUUUGUUGUUGCAGUUCCCAGAGUGUGGUUUUUUUGGCAUGUAUGACAAAAUUCUUCUGUUCCGCCAUGACCUGAACUCAGAAAAUAUUUUACAGCGGAUUACAUCAGCUGAAGAAAUACGUGAAGGUGACCUCGUUGAGGUUGUUCUCUCUGGUAAAUAGGUUUUCAAUGUGGUUCCCUUGUUGUUACAUAAAGCCAUGAUAUUACCAUUGCUUCAAAAUGGUUGAAAUUUGUGGACUGCUUUAUAAAUAUUAAAGGUUACUUGAAAUAAAGUAGAUGAAAUGACAUCUUACUGAACCAGCCUCUACAGAUGAAAACUGUUGAAUUUGCGCGUAACAAUUGGAUAAUCUUAAUUAUCUUCUGAAUUUUUUGGGAUUAGUAAAUUGUCAGUUACUUGAUCUACAAUAGCAACCACUGUGUUCUAAAUAGUGUAGAAAGUUCUUCAUGCAACCUUUAUUAAAAAACAGGUUUGGUUUUUGUUUUUUUAAAAACAUUUAUAUAGUUGUAUGUCUUAAAAUGCAUGCUUUGUAGGAGUUGAGCAUAGUCAUCAGUUUCUACCAAAGGCAGUUUGCUGAGGCUACCAUUAUUUUUAAAAAAUCAUUCCAGUCAAUCAUACUUAUAAAUAUUGCUGUAAUCAAGUGGGACUCACUCCUGUUUUAUAAUGUAUUUUUUAAAAGCAUUGGCUACAGUCGAAGAUUUCCAGAUUCGUCCUCAUAUGCUAUAUGUGCAUUCUUACAAGGCUCCCACUUUUUGUGACUAUUGCGGAGAGAUGCUUUGGGGCUUGGUACGACAAGGGUUGAAAUGUGAAGGUAAGUUUGUCAAUAAGUGCAUCUUAAGUAUGACAUGUAUCUAUGUCCAUGUAUCUAUUGUCCAUGACAAUACACACUUUCAGUGAUUUUGUGUAUUGUACUUCAGUCAUAGCGGGACGCGGGUGGCGCUGUGGGUAAAACCUCAGUGCCUAGGACUUGCUGAUCGUAAGGUCUGCGGUUCGAAUCCCCGCGGCGGGGUGAGCUCCCGCCGUUCGGUCCCUGCUCCUGCCAACCUAGCAGUUUGAAAGCACCCCUAAGUGCAAGUAGAUAAAUAGGUACCGCUCCGGCGGGAAGGUAAACAGCGUUUCCGUGUGCGGCGCUGGUGCUGGCUCGCCAGCUGCAGCUUCGUCGCGCUGGCCACGUGACCCGGAAGUGUCUUCGGACGGCCCGGCUCCUGGCCUCUUGAGCGAGACGAGCGCGCAACUCUAGAGUCGGACACGACUGGCCCGUAUGGGGAGGGGUACCUUUACCUUUACCUUUACUUCAGUCAUAUUUAAAAAUAAAACAUAGUAGGUGUAACUCAAAGAGCAAGACAUGUUAUUAUUUGAAUUCGUUUUUCUAAAAGUCUUAUGAAGUCAGCAACCACAUCCUCCCCGAUAAUGGCUUUCUUCUGUGGCAAGCAAAAUUUCUGUUUGACAGUGCUACAGAGAUAUAAACAACCCAAUCCUAAGGGUUUUAGGGCUGUCCUAUUAGGUUUAGGGUAUGCAAAGCUAAUGUCAGUGCAACAUUGGAAGCUGUAGCAUUAUGCCAAUGCUGCAGACAAACAUGCUGGCACAAAUGUUUUGGUCUGACGUGUUGAUUAGAGAAAUGUUUCCUUUUCUUGUCACAGCUUUUUAUAACAUGCAAAUAAAGUUCUGAAUGGGCAUACCUUUUCAUGUGGCCCUUGUUCAGUUGGCUGCAGUACCUUCCUCAGUUCUCCUGUCAACAGGCUGUUGUCCAGGUAUUAGUAACAUGACACUUCAUGCUUAAUGGCUUUUACUCAACUCCUGUGGUUCCAGCUGAGCCAGGAGUACAUUGUUUAGAUAGUCUGCCAGGGGAAAGAGAGCUGAGGAAGAUCAGCAGCAACAUGUAUUGCAUAACAGGCCCCGUUUUCAGGCUUUAGCUAGGGUGAAGCAGGGUCAGAAAAGCAAGUAUUCAGGCCAAAAAAAUUCCAUGCAUUACACAGAUCUGCUGAUAAUUACACCACCACUCCGUUGUGCUAGGAGAUUAUUAAAAUUAUAUUGAGAGUCAAAUUCACCAUGUUUUGGCUUGAUCUGUCUUUUCUGAAAAUAUGAUCCUAAUUUAUUACUGUCAAUUCUAUUUAAAUGAAUGGUAUCAUUCAUAAUAAGUUGUUUAUCCCCCUUCCCUAAUGCUAAUUUUAUUAGGGUGUGGAUUAAACUACCACAAGCGAUGCGCCUUCAAGAUCCCAAACAACUGCAGUGGUGUAAGAAAGAGGCGUUUAUCUAAUGUAUCUUUACCAGGAUCUGCACUUUCAGUCCCAAGAUCAGUGCAAACUGAAUACACAGUCGCAGUCACAGAAGAGGUAUUUAGAUGAUUUUUCUCUCUCUUAAGGUGGGAUUCCAUUCAAGUUGCAUAUGCUACUGUCAUGUGUCAAGGCACAUAACCCCAAACCUUCCUUUCGUAAAUAUGUGGGGCUCUUGGAGCUCCUUAUCUGUGUUCUGAUUUAAUAUGUGCUGAGGUUCAGCUGCUCAAAUAGCCUUAGAGUAUGCAAGGUAUAAUCACUAACAACUUCCCCUUUCUUAUUCUACCCCUCCAAAGCACAGCAAAUUUAAUAUGAUUUUCCUUUUUUGUGUGUUGUGUGUGUUUAUAACCAAAUCAGUCACUUAACACUAGGUGAUAAAGGUUAACAAUGGAAAUAUUACAUAUAUUAGGUAAAAGUAGAAUUUAAGAACCUGAUUUAUUGCUAUUCUGAAUGUAAUAGGAUGAAUAUAUAGUUCAGCAGUGCCCUAUUGCUUGAAAGGUGGAUGGCUCCAUUCAUGAGUGUAGAUGUUACAGUUGUAUUAAAUUAAUAAAAAUCCACCCCGUCUGCAAUCCAGUAAGGGCUUGAUCAGGUUAGAUCAGGCCCUCAGUCUGACUUGGACCCUCAUCUCACUCACUUUAAGGAAUUAAACACCAGCUGGUGGCCAUAGCAAAAACAAGGCAUGGAGCUUAUUAAAAGUGAUGGCGGAUGUCUUCUGAAGUAUUAAGGAGGGCUGUUUAAUAUCACUGGUAAAUGCCAACUAUUUGGUUCCAGCUCGAACCUAGGUUGGUGUAGCAAUAUAUGGCUUCUGUGUUAUUUAGAUUCCUUAUUAUGGAUACUUUUUCCAGGCUUAAGUAGAAACAUAAGAAGAGUCCUACUGGAUCAGACCAAAGACCCAUCUAGUCCAGCAUCCUGUUCUCACAGUGGCCAACCAGUUGCCUUUUAGUUUGCUAUAGUCUUGUUGGUAAAGGAGGCCCGGAAAGGAUUGGGGAGCUAGGAAUGAUAGGAGCCUAGGGAAAAUAUCAGGAGAAUUAGGUCUGCACUACAAGUUCAAGCCCUGCAUGUCUGCUUUUCUUUUCAGUGUCCCCUUCUAGAGCCCAGUAAGAGGAUUCCUUCCUGGAGUGGGCGUCCAAUAUGGAUGGAAAAGAUGGUGCUCUGCAGGGUGAAGGUUCCACAUACCUUUGCUGUUCAUUCUUACACUCGACCCACCAUAUGCCAGUACUGCAAACGAUUGCUCAAGGGUCUCUUUCGCCAAGGAAUGCAGUGUAAAGGUAAGAGUAUUCACUGCUGCAAGGUUAAUAUUGUUAUUUGUACAGCUUUUUCACAUUCUUAGCUAUACACCCAAAGCCUGAGUUAAAAUUAUUUCAGCAAGAAGGGAUGCAAGCUUUGAACUACUCCACUAAGUCCUCUUUGUAGCUUUUUUUAAAAAGAGAAGUAAAAAACCAGGCAAAACUAUUGUGGUUUUUCACGAACAUAGAAUAUCCCAAGUGCACAGAAACUCCUACCUUCUCACCUUCACUCUCUUAGUAUUAGACACGGGACCACAAACUUUGCAAUUGAUAUGCACAGCAUCAUAGAAUCAUAGAGUUGGAAGGGACCCAACCCCCUGCAAUGCUGGUUCACAGCUAAAGAAGCCCUGACAGAUGGCCAUUCAACCUCUUAAAAAACCCUCGAUGAAGGAGAUGUGAGGGACCAGAUGGGAGGCUGGGGUGUGGUCCAGCAGAUUAACCUCCAGUUGCAGAUCCCUGUUGUAGGCUAUUGGCAAAGCAAGUAUUUAUAAAGCCAUCCCCACUUUAAAAAAGCUGUUUGCAUUUAAUUUAUACUCUUACUAAAACUUUAAAGAGUGUGUAAAAUAUAGUAUUACUAUACUUAGCUGAGAAAUCCACUUACUUUCCUAAGUCUCAAAUGUAAUCUGUGAUUCAGCAUGGCAGUAUAGUUUUGUUGUUUAUAUGCCAUCAAUAGCCUGUGUCUCCAGAUCAUGGAUCAUCUUUUUUCUUUCCCCCUGCAGACAUAUGCCUCUGUAUAUUUACUACUUGGUAUGAACCCUUGUCUUAUAUUUUGUAUGUAAAGUGCUUAGUUACUUGUGGCACUCAAUAAUAUGUUGUUUGUGUAGGGAUUAGUUUUUUAGUUUCAUAGCAGUAGAGAUAUUUUAAGGUAGAGAGUUCAGUAAUAAAGUUUGCAAAUUAACACACACAAAAUAUUUUAUGUACAAUUUAAAAGAAACAGUCUGGGGACAUCAUUUUCAAGAACAUAGCAGUGGUAAAUAAACCUGCAAAAAGAACCUGCUGGGGCCUAGCUGUGUUCUUCCAGCACCCUAUUGCUUUUCUGUGCUGCCUUUCCUCUGCUGGCAUUUUUCUACUGGUUUUUCUCCACUGGCAGCCCACUUGGUUUCUGUGGAAAGCAGAGAGGAGGGAUGGUUCAUACCCCUGCAUGCAAUUUCUUGUUGCACAUGGCUACUUGGUGAGUGCUUAGAUACAAAAACAUCCCCAAAAUAAAUAAAAUGUAGGUGUCAUGUAAGGGAUAUUUAAAGAGUUUCUCCAUAAAUGUAUGAGUGAAAGCAAACCAUUUUUUCUUGCUUUAGACUGCAGAUUUAACUGUCACAAACGUUGUGCUUCUAAAGUACCCAAAGAUUGUCUUGGAGAAGUUGUGUUCAAUGGAGGUAAGAGCAAACAUGUUCUGAAAUAGUAAAGAAUUAUUUGUGUAUUAAUUUUCAGUGUGACUUGCAAUAUAUUUAAAAGGUGAGAUAGAAGUAUGUAAAUGUUCUUACAUACUUGAGUUGACUGAAAGUGCUCUCUAUCUGCUGAAGUGAAAUAUAUUAACAACUUUGGUCUCUUCAGCAAAGUUGAUAGUGAAUUUCCAUUGAAAGUAUUCAGUCUUGUGGUCCCUAGGAGAGUGUCUCAGGAGCCAUAGGAUAUUGUGCUAGGGUAGGCUGCAAGGCUCUCUGGGUAAUUUAUGCUGAGUAGCACCACCACCACUGUUUCCCAUUUAAGUAUUACUAGGUCUGGCAGUAAAGAAAUCUAGACCUGAAAUAUUUAUAGUAUACUGAGAGUGGGGAAUGCUUUUCUAGACUCCUGCCUUGCUUAUGGCAGCAGUCCAAUGAGUAAUUCUCAGUUUCUCUCCUUAAAAGCAUAGAGGGUGGGGAAAUGCUAGGCAAGGUGAGUAGACCAGAUCCCACAGCUAUGCAAAAACAUAACCAAUCCCAGAGUUCAAAUUACAAGAGCAGAUUUAUUUAAAGCACUGAAAGAAAUAGAAAGCUGUUUUAAAUAUAAGGAAACUUCUAUUUGCUAUCCAAGGCAAUCUUAGUAAGUUAUAAAUUAUUUUCAGCUGACAUGCAAAACAGCAUGGGUCAUCCCAGGCAAUUCAUAGAAGGCAUUCAAGGGAGAGAUGGAGAUCAUUUAAAAACCUUGCCCUUUCUUUUAAAAAAAACCCCUCUGAAGAUUCAGUUGGGGGUGGUGGCGGUUAGCUGGCCAGGUAGGUAAGGUAUCCACCAACCAAGGGAAGGCAGUUCUACUUGGAAUCUUUGAGGUUCAUCACAUAUGCAGAUGGAAGGGAUAAGAAGUGUGAAUGGGCAAAUUACCUGAUUUUCCUCAACACCACCCCAUGGGGUCAGAAUGGGGUAAGCAAUCUCACAUGCAUGUGAGGCAGAUGUUUUAGAUGUGACUUGUGUGUCCUAAAGAAGGACACCAAACCAUCAAUUUCAGUUGGGUUUCUGCACAGUUCUAAGUGGGAUUCAGUGUUGGUGAAGUGUAGGAUGCGCAGUGGGGAAUAUACUAUUCCCUCCAAAGUCUUGCUGGCCUGUGCAGCAACCUUACCCAGUGUUUUCCUUUUACACAGUUUCCCUUCACAUUCUAUUCUCUUUCCCUGCUCUGCCUAAUUUGUUUCAAUGAUGGAUGUGGUUUUCAACGGGUCCCUCCUCAGGGUACCUGGGCUAACUCAUCCAACUUCUUCCACCCCUCAUCCUGAUCUGGAACCCCCCCCCCAAUGUCUCAUGAUAUUAAGGCCCAGUCCAGGGUCUCUUUGGAGAAUGAAGGGUCUUGGAUUCAAUGGAUCCAAGCCUCUGCUGGACCCUUCAGAAUCCCGAGUUUGGGGGCAUAAGUUGCUUUGGGGCCUAGUUGUCAGUGGUAACUGUGUUGGUAAUAUAAACCUAUUGUACCUUUGCAGACAUAAUAGGGGCUUCUGCAGUGGUGGUGCCUGCCCCCUUGGUAGAGGUCUGUGGGGGGACCUACCUAUGUGCAGUUCUGGACCUUACCAGCCAUGGGAUUUGGGGAUUGGGAUCUCUCCAUUAGAUACUGAAACUGAGGGAAGAAGAUAAUAUGUUUGGACAGCAUAUGCUUUCACUGGUGCCUUAAGCAUCCCACUGCUUCUCCCCUGUUGCAAUAAAACUUGAAAGAAUUCUUCUGCUGUAGUCAGUAGAAGACUAUUUUCAAACAUAUUACAGUGGGUGGGUGUUUGGAUUAACCUUUGUAUGCUGAGCUGACACACUCGCCUGCCCGGCUUGAAAAACUCACUAAAAUUAGGGUUGAAAAUUGACUCCCAAUGCAAGGCUUUUUUCAAGCCUACUAGUUGGGGGGGCGGGGGCGGGAUCUUUCUUUUGGGAGGGAAGGUUAACCCUAAUGAAUAGCAGGGUGGAAGUUUGAAUGUGUGUAAGUGUGGUUGCGGUGCGCAGAACAGUUUCUCAGGUUCUCAGAUUUAUCCACUGCACAAAAAAGUUGGGCAACACAAUGCCAGAAGUUGAUUAUGGAGCCUCACAGUAGCUGCCAUUGAUGUAUUAUACCCUUUGCACUCUGAUGGAACUGGCUUCCUAGUUUGACACCUCUGUUUUAAUUGCUAGCAUUACAUAACUCCUAAUUUCCUCUGUGUAGGGGAGAAUUUACAGAAUCUUUUCUAAAGCAGAAAUGUUGGAGAGCAUGUUUGUGUAAAAUUCCUUCUUCAUUAUUUUGUCUCUGUGCCUGUCUAAAGAUACUAGAAAAAUCAACCCUGUGUGUGGCAGUUGUGACUGCCUAUCCUUGGCUGCCCUGCUCUGUUUGAAGCAGCAGAAAGCUGGGUUUAACUUGCAUUAGUAUUGAACCAGGUGUAAAGAGAGUUCUGUUCUCUGAUUCCCAUCCUGUCCACACCCUUCCCUGGAAAGACAUAGUCAUGAUGUUCUUGCAUCAGAGGAGAGGGAGUUGGCUGGCACAGGAGGUGGAAGAACUGUGAUGAUGCCAACUUUCCACUGAUGGAGAAUUGCCCUGUGUCAGGAAGUACCUACAUAGCAUGAAGUGGCCUUAGUAAAACAAAAACAUAGCCCAAUUGUUUUUACUUUUUCUCCUGUCUUGGCUGUGUUUGAUUGUGUAUAUUUGAUUUUGUUACAUAUGUACUGAAGGCUGCAACAGAUUUCUAAUUCAUUCCUGACUAAAAUUGUGGUGUAAAUGAUUUUUCUAACAUGAAUAAUAUUAAUGAAUAAUAAUAUUUUGUAACCUUUUGUUUUUAUAUGGAAUAAGAACCGGCUAGUCCAGGUCAAGAUAUGGAUAUGCCAAUGGAGGUUGACAGCAGUGAAAUGAACAGUGAUGGAGGUAGGAGCUUGGAUGAUACAGAAGAACCCUCUCCCCCAGAAGACAAAAUGUUUUUUAUGGAUCCAGCAGAUCUAGAUGGGGACAAAGAUGAAGAGGCUGUCAAAACUAUCAGGUUUGUAAAAUCAAAGUAUUCCAUUGCAUGUCUGUGAAGCUCCCUAUUAAAAACAUUUUUCUGUUGAGAGGAGAAUUAAUUUUGCUAUUCACUUAUUAUUAUUUAUUAUUGGUUUACAAGAGAUGCUUUCUCACUCUUCAGCAUAAGUGAAAAACAGCAAUUAACAGAAUUGAUUAAAUGUGAAAGUAUGUAGGCUUGAACCUAUUGGAAGUAGAAUCCCCUGUGAGCGUCAACAUGGAAAUAAAUUACAUUAUUGAAGAAUGCUUAGCUAUACUGACUAGUUGAUGGAAAAUGUUAUGCUGACCUAGAUUUAUAGGGCUACUUUAUUCUCCUGACCUUAGGCCAAACUCAUUCCAGUCCUAAUGCAAGUCAAUUGAUUGAAUGGAGUUACAUAAGGAAUCAAUUUUGCUCCUUGUGUGUGUUGCAAGUUAGGUUAAAGGAAACAACUUUUGGCUCAUUGGAUGUGACCUCUAAAGGGUCAUGUGCUUUUACUCGUAUAUGUACUACUAGAGUAAAUUAUUUGAAUUACAGCUCAUACUAUUGUUUAUAAAAGAUGAGAUCCAGUGUAGUUUAUGGAAAUAGAGCAAUGGAUUUAGAAUAGUGUUCAGCCAUGGACUCAUUAGGUGGCCUUAAAGAAAUUUAAGCCUUAGCUCCAUACUGUAAAGUAGGAAUAAUAAAGACAGAUUUCACUGGGAUGUAGUGAGAAUGAAAGUGAGGAUUGCAAGACUAUUUAUCUACCUAAAACUCAAUUCAUGUCUACGGUGUGCUUCAAAUCAUUUUCCUCUGUAGCAGGGUGGGGAACCUCAUGCCUGGGGGCCAGAUGUGGCCCUCCGUGCCUCUCUAUCUGGUCCUUGAGACUCUCCCCAGCCACAGCUCCUCUGCCAAGGCCACUCCCCUCUGUAGAACUGCUUUGACCCUCCUUGAGUGUUUUUGUGUGGAGGGCGUAUGUCCUUAGAUUCUGAUUUUGCUUCCUGCUUGCCUGCAUGGAGGAUAGAGAAGAGUGGGUGGAUGUGUGUUAAAACUAGUCUACCUUACAAAAGUAAAAUUCAUGUUCACGGCUCUUUCUGUUCCCGUCCCCACUUCUGCUUGUGGCCUUGCCUCCCACCAGCAUGUGAUUCCCGGAAGGUUGCUUAGAAGGGAAUGCAGCCCUCGGACUGAGAAAGGUUCCUCACCCUCAAUGUACAGACAGGGCUUGGACUCAGUACAUGGCAACCAGAAUGCAGGGCCCUGCUUGGUACCAUCUUUCUUAGGCUGUGCUUGUCCUCUCCUCCCAUGAGAAGAUUUCAGAGUGGAAGUGGAGCUGAGUUCCUGUCCUACUGGGCACGAUUCAGGAUAGCUGCUAUAGUACUUAUCUCUCCCUUCAAGAAAAAUAGGAGCACAGGAAGAUGGUUUUAAUUUAGGAUAGGACUUAAUUUAGGAUAAGAUUUUUGCUCUUUGUUACUGUCUCUAUUGCUGUUGGAUGUGUGUAUAUGUGGAAAGAGGACUGAGUUUAUAUUCAGGCUUGGUUUGAUGAAAGAGAUCAUCCUAGGACCCCUUGUUUUGUUGGUUCAUAGGGCAGGUUUGGGCUUUACUGUAACCUGCUGCCCAAGAGUUAAUAAGUCUGCCUUGGCAUCUUCUAUAAUGUUGUAAAGGACUUUGACACCUCAUCUAAAACUGUGUCAUAGCCCCUUAACAUGGUAACGUGUCUUGCCUAAUCUGGGUGGGGGAGGGUUAGUGAUUUUAAAAACAACUCUCUUGUCAUCUGUAUGAUCAUGAUGUGCCCUACAUAAUGUUUUAUUUUUAGAAGAUUUUUGUUUAAGAUGCAAGUAAUAGUCAAGAAUAUUCUACUUGAAGUUUAUCCUGAAUUAUAGCACAGCUGUAGGAUGUCCUGAAAUAUGUAUGAUUAGAGACAUGCGUUUCUUUUUUCAACAGCCCAUCGACAAGCAAUAAUAUUCCAUUAAUGAGGGUUGUGCAAUCAAUCAAGCACACAAAGAGGAAGAGCAGUACAAUGGUGAAGGAAGGAUGGAUGGUUCAUUACACUAGCCAAGACAACCUGGUCAGUAAUUUUACCUCUACUUUUCAGUGUGAUAUUUACUUUUAGUUAUUUUAAGUCUGGGAUGGGGAAACUGUGGCCUUCCAGAUACUGUUGGGCUCCCAACUCCUUCAAAGCAAGCUAGCGUGACCAAUAGCUGAGUUUAUGGGAAUUGUAGUCCAACAUUUAGAGAACCACAAAUUCCUCACCUAUUUUUUGCUUUAAAAAUUGCUUUAAAACUCUCAAGAAAGGAAAUGAUCUAUGCUGCUCUGUUUAUGCAAGCAGUGCUUCUUCAGUACUAGCUAUGGGAGGAGAAAGAACUCUCUGUACUGGCUGGGCUCUGUCUGCCAUUGUAACCAACAGAAGCCUUGUUUGUAUGUUGGGUUCAGGAUCACAAUGGUGUGGUAGGGUCUCCCUUAUCCAAGACAAGUUUCCCGAGCCAACUCUGUUGCAGCCUCUGAGGAGCAGCUAGAAAAUGGGGUCACAGUAUUGUUCUCCCCGUUCCACUGUUUUCCUGCUCAGAUCUCUUGAGUCUUAAAGUCUUUGCCUGAUGGGGACUUUCCCAAAGUGUUGGGACAGUGAUACCUACUGCUGCUGCCCUGGGAUAGGAGGUGGUCACAGAAAACAUCUUGGUCCUAUGCAUUGCUGCACAGGCUUGAGCUUUAGAGUAGGCACUGUUUGAAAAAGCAUAGCUGAUAGUACCUUUAAAGGUCAUCAUCAGUACAGGCCAUUGAAAUUGCUAACAUGGAUUCUGCUAUAGGGUACCAAUGUCUGUGUCUUAAAGAGAAACCCUCUCAUAUUUGUUGCAGAGAAAAAGACAUUACUGGAGGCUGGAUAGUAAAUGUCUUACACUAUUUCAGAAUGAAUCUGGGACAAAGUAUUACAAGGUAAGUGAUAAUAUAAAUCUCUUUUUUUUUUUUUACUUAUGUCAGUUUCCAUCUAAAGUGUUGUUCCCCUAAUGUUAAUCUGUAGUUGAAAUCCUUCAUUUACAUCCUUUUCUCUGCACAAUACUGUAUUUGUGUAUUAACUGUUGAACCCUAAAUAUCAUAGGUAUGUUAAGAUUGAGAUGUUUUUUUAAUGAAGGUGCACCGUGUCUCUUGUGUACAGUUCUUUAUCUGUUUAUUUGUGUGUUACAGUGCCCAGCCAUGCAUGGAUAUUUUAUGCCCCUUGAAACCAGACUAGUGAAUGUUUGAGGGACUGGGGUAACAGAAGUAGAAUACUUACUGAAGAAAAGGAUAGCAUAUAUGGGAGGAGGCAAAGGAUUGAGAGAGCCAAAAUUGAUCAUGUCCUGUGACAUAGCUGGGAAUAAGAAGGCUUACAAAGCACCUGACAGGCAGCAAAACUGAAAAUAAGCAAUUAUGUCUGCUUCCUGAGUGGAUGGUGAAAGGUCUUCUCACUUUGGAUAUGGUGUGGUGAUUCUGUAAUGAUGAACUGGGUCAUCGGGCUGCUAUAGAAAGAUUGAUUCUAUGGACAAUGUAGCACCAGAGAUGAAAGGCAAUUCUAAAGUGUGUCGUGGGAGGAAAAUGCCAGUUGGGUCCAGAGCAAAGACAAAACUUUAUUAGUGGCCCUUCUUGAUUGUAAUAUUUGUGCAAUCCCUAGGAACCUAAAGAGGGACUAAAGCGAAGGCCACUCAGUGCUAUCAAAAUAUUUCUAGUUGAGUUCAGUAGCAUACAUUUUGUUAUUGUUGCAUAUGCCCUCCACUCCUAGUGUUUAACACCUUUUGUUUCCUUUAGGAGAUUCCGCUUUCUGAAAUUCUUCAGGUGACUCAGCCGCGGGACUUCUCAAACGUGGUGCAAGGCAGCAACCCACACUGCUUUGAAAUAAUCACUGACACUAUGGUGUACUUUGUUGGCGAGAACAAUGGCAGCAAUCAUCAUAAUCCUGUUUUGGCUGCUACUGGAGUGGGACUGGAUGUAGCGCAGAGCUGGGAGAAAGCUAUUCGUCAAGCUUUGAUGCCAGUCACGCCUCAGGCUAGCAUUUGCACUGCUGCAGCACAAGGGAAAGAUCACAGUAAGAGCACAGAAGCACUCUCUUCUUCCUAAUGGAGAUCUGUGAAGUAAUGGGCCCUGGUUCAACAAAAUAUUUUAUGGGUUGCUUAUGCCUGCAACAUGUCAUGGGGCUGGCUCUGUAUUUGAACCAGACCUUCAACUGCUACAUAUUUAGCAUUAGUUAGUAUGUCAGUGCUGUUCCUCUCGGAGUUGAUUCCUGUCUUGCUAAUUCUACAUAUGUAACAAUUAAGGGCCUGGUUUUAAAACUGAAACUGUGUGGAAUACCAUACGAGUAAGCAAUGCAACUCUUCCUCGGCCAGUGUUGAAAGCAGGCCUCAUGCUGCUAGUGUAGCCUUUCCAAAAAUUCUUUCCCUUCCUGUGUGAGUUGUAGCCAUUGACUAAACUCAUCUGAAGUCAUGCCAUUUAUAUGCUAACUAUAGAGCAAGCAGGACCCUGCUCGUAGAAUGCUGACAUAUAACACAGCUUCAGUGGAGGAACUGAGAAGUCAAUUUGGCUUACAGAAAAAAACAUGCAGAGAACCGUUGUCCUAGGAGCAGGAGGAACUGUGUACUGAUGGCAGGAAGAGAGAGGGUGGUGACAUGGGUGUUGACGGUGAAGAGGAGGAUUAGAAUCCUGACAGAAAGAUAAAUGAGUAGGCAGUGGGCUAAGGAAGGCAUGACCUGAGGGGAGAACAGGUGGAAUUACAACAUGCAUGCUUCAUAGCCAAGAACAGUGCAUUUGUGUGGGGUGGGGGACAGGGAGGGCUUAAAUAGAAGGGUAGUGGGGUGAAACAGCUUGGACUGGAUUUUUCGUGAUUCUCCUUGUAUUAAAAAUAAGGCUGAGCCCUGGCACAUUGCAGCUCUGAGCUAGAGGCAAAGAAUGGAGAACUUGUGAUGAAAAGCAGGACUGGGUUGUCUGACUGUUGAAUUAAAGGAGAUUCUGGCAAUGCCUAAUGCCCCCAAAGACUGGUGUUUAGGUUCAGACCUGUGUAACAGUCAUGCAAUACAUUCUGUAAGCCUAUUUGACUGAUACAUAAGAAAAACGCAUGUGCUUACAAAUUCCUUAGUUCCUUCGAGGUGGAGACAUAAGGAGAGCAAAUGUCUUGAAGGAAGGAGGAACACGGGCAAUGUUGAUGGCCAGUGACAAAAUAGAACUGAAGAAAAAUAUUCUGUGUUGUUGUGGUAGAGUUCAGUGCGAGGGAGAUUUUGAAAGCUGUCUGUUAGGGGAACAUAAAGAGGUGUUUGGAAAUGUGAUGCAGAGUGCCAAGGCUACAUUUCACAUAUUAAUUGGCAUGUCAAUAAAUGUUUGGCUGCUAGGACAUUGGUCUUUCAUUGUAAUACUGCUUCCACAUUAAAAACAUGUAUAUUUUCUCAUUGCAGAAGAAUUAUCUGUCAGCAUUUCUGUUUCAAAUUGCCAGAUCCAAGAAAAUGUGGUGAGUCACAAAAUGUAAAUACUAUUGUAGCUGGAUUGUUAUCAGUUGUCCCCCGAUGGCUAUUUUAUAUCAAAAUAAUUGGAGAUAAAGACAAAUGAAAAGCUGAAGAACACAUUGUUCCCAUUAGGCAACCUAGCUUAUUUAAUACAAUGACUUGUCUGAAAAAAAAUCUAUAUAUGGUAAAGUUUCUUAACCUUUUUAGUAGUGAGCAAUGCAAAAAGAGAAGCCUUGUAAAUGAUACUUUAUAAGUUUGAUCCCUUCCCCCACUUGAGAGCCAGUGUGGUGUAGUGGUUAAGAGUGGUAGACUCAUAAUCUGGUGAACCGGGUUCAAUUCCCCGCUCCUCCACAUGCAGCUGCUGGGUGACCUUGGGCCAGUCACUUUUCUCUGAAGUCUCAGCCUCACUCACCUCACAGAGUGUUUGUUGUGGGGGAGGAAGGGAAAGGAGAUUGUUAGCCGCUUUGAGACGCCUUCGGGUAGUGAUAAAGCGGGAUAUCAAAUCCAAACUCUUCUUCUUCUGAUAUGCAGGAAUUGAACUAAAUACAAUAAAGAUUACUGACAAAUUUUGAACCUAUAAUUUAAAACCAUUAUCAGUUGUUGGAUGAGAAUUAAGGGUUGUUAUUAUUAUUAUUUUAAAAAGACUAUUGUUGGGGGCUGCCUUUUUGGUAGUUAUUUCCCAAAAGGAGGAAUGACUUUGUUCCCCAAGCAUGAAAUGUGCAUCCAUGUUCUGAUCUAAAACCAUACUCCAGUGCCUUCUUAUAGUAGGUUAUCUGGGGGAAGGGAAACCCCAUAGUCUAGGAAAACAAAUGCUGCAGUCCUUUGCCCAGUUACUCGAAAGCAAGUCUCAUUGAAUUUGACAGAACAUCUAAAUGAAUAUGUAUAGGAUUUGCAGUUUUGGUAGAACAUUGGUAGGCUAAUUGAAAUGUUUUGGGACACGGGUGGCGCUGUAGUCUCUUGGGCUUGCCGAUUGGAAGGUCGGUGGUUCGAAUCCCUGCAAUGAGGUGAGCUCCCGUUGCUCUGUCCCAGCUUCUGCCAGCCUAGCAGUUUGAAAACAUGCCAGUGCAAGUAGAUAAAUAGGUACCACUCCGGUGGGAAGAUAAAUGGCAUUUCCAUGCACUCUGGCUUCCAUCACGGUGUUCCGUUGCUCCAGAAGCGGUUUAGUCAUGCUGGCCACAUGACCCAGAAAGCUGCCUGUGGAUAAACUCAGCCUGAAGCGAGAUGAGCGCCACAGCCCCAUAGUCACCUUUGAUUGGCGUUAACUGUCCAGGGGUCAUUUACCUUACCUUCACCUAAUUGAAAUGUUUUAUUUUAUUGGUAGUUUAGGUGAUGUGUGGUUUGUACUCUUCUUCCCUAGUCUUUUGUUUAUUAUAUUAGUGAUAUGCCUGUCAAGUUUGCAGGAUAGAGAACCUGUGUUUCUUGUUCGUGAUCUCUGGGCAUUCACACAUGUUGGUUCAGUGCCUGUUCAGAGCUCUUUGGGAAAUGUCUCUAGCUAGGCUAGAGUUUUAGUAGGUGUCCUGUCCCCACCUUUCAUGUGCCCAUAUCAAAAGGGCAUGGCUUCCACCUUUGUGCUCAGUUUUCUUUCUCCCUCAUCUCAAGGCUGACUUUUGUUUGUGAGGCAGACAGGUUCUUCUAGUCAAGCACUUCUUAGUGUGAGGUCAGAAUGUUCUCUGGAAUGUGCCCAGAAAUUCUGGAAUGUUUUCCUGUGGAUCACCUUAGAGCAGGUCUGGUGGUAGCUAAAUGAGUUUCACCCAGUGCCAGUGACAUAAAUGAGGCAGUGAUGCCAAAUCUGGGGCCCAGCCCUACUCUUGCUCAUAUUACAAAUAUGUGUGACAAUGUGCUUACUACAAGUACAGUUGUCAGGAAUCCAUCAUUGGUUGCAGCUCCUCUUUUGCAUAUACAGAAUACAUCUACAAUGUGGCAAAUGUUCUUGACUGGCCAUGCUAAAGAAACAAAGAUCUAUGGUUCUGAUGGGAUUUUCAUAUAGACUGGCCUUAGCAUAUGAGCACACAUUCAUGCUGACAGAAAGGCUGGUUUGUAUGCUUUAUUGUUACACAGCUGGAGACAAGUUUAAGGAAUACAGAUUGCACUGCAGUUUGUAAAUUUGCAAAUAAAUUACAAAUAAAUUUGCAAAUGUUAAUUUUGUAUGCUGUUCUUAUCUCUGUUACACAAGUUACUAUACAUGGUAAACAAUGCUAGCAUGAACAGGUUUUAACAGGUGGGAAUGGACCUUUUUUACUCCCCUUUUUUGGAGUAAUUUUUAAUUGGGUUAUAAAGAAAUACUUUCUUUCCCUUUUUGUGUCCAUGAAGUGUAGCUCUUAAAGCUUCUGCCUCUGUCACUGAAGUAAUUGAACAUAAUAUUUACCUUCCCCUGCCUGCACCCUCUCUUCCCCUAGGAUAUCAGUUCCGUAUACCAGAUCUUUGCUGAUGAGGUGCUUGGCUCUGGUCAGUUUGGUGUUGUGUAUGGAGGUAAGUUUGACUAAACAAUCACUGCAAGUUCAGACUUGUGAUAUUUGGCUUUGCUUCAUGCUAGAUCUUCUCUCAGGUUAGGAGAAAGUAAUUCAAUAGUUGCAGUUCAAGAGACAGUUUCUGUCUCUUACGCAAUUGCUUGCCUGGUUUACAAAAUUAAUUCCCAUUCAGUUGGUUCUUCUGUUACCUUGCAGAAGUUAUGGAAUGUUACAGUUGGGUUGCCUUUCUUUUUAAUCUUGUAAAAAUAAGCCUAUAUUUUUUGUACCUUUUACUUACACUUAAAUCUUUAAGGCAGGUACUCUUUCUGCUUGCUCCAUGCAACUAUCUUCCAGAGCAGUUAUUGUACCCUGACUAAUUACAGAAUCACCAGUACUGAAUAAAGAACUCCAGGUGAGGUCUAGCUAGGCCUCUAAAAUAGUAGUAGUGUGGUGUCCUUGUAGCAUUUCUUUAGCAUUCUUUCUGCCCCUUAUGUAUAUUUUGUGCUUAUCUUAAAUAAACUGAUCAGCUUUUCUCAUUAAUGUUAUAUCAAGGCUUUUGUAUGUUUUGUUCCAUAUCAGCUAAAGUGCAAUGUGAUAGAAGCUAGGGUUGUCCUGUAGGUAGAAUCUGGAUUCUGAUAUUCAUCCUUUUAUUAACUCACUCAGUAAUUCUGGACCAUUUUAUUAACUCAACCUAAAUUCCUCAUCUGUGGAAGAUAAGUAGUAAUUUUAUUUUAUAAGUGAGUGUGGCUAAAACUAAAUAUAAGCAAGUCUCUUUGCACAUUCAAAGCUAUAAUGUUUGUAAUACAUGAAUAGUCCCUGAAGGAGCAAGUUUUGAAAUUCUGAUUUGUUUCAAGCAAACUCUGUUGCCUCUCACUUCUGCACUUUGAGAGCGGAGCUAAACAAUGAUUUUGUUGAAUUAGGCUCUAUGCCCAUAUUAGUAAAGGUGUACCAAAAAUAUCCCCAUUCAAAUUAAGGACUGAGAAGAAGCCCACCCCACUAAAAUGAAAGUAUAAUUCUCUCCUUGGACAUGCAGGGAUUUUGGUCUUAAGGUGAGAUUAGAUCUUAACCACAGAGAUCUAGACAGCAGAGCAAUAAUUGCCUUAAGCAGGGAGAAGCACUUUGAUAUGAUGCAAGCUUCAGCACUUUGCAUGCUUCAUCUGAGAUUGUGAUUUGGGUUAUACUACUUCCCAUCCUCUUUCUCAUGUGAUAAUCAUGUAGACUUCACAUUUGCAUAGGAACCUGAAUGCUUCAAGUCCAACAGAUGCAGAUGCCUUAUUCAUGCAAACUGUACAUUAUUAAUAUUGUGGUGUACAGAUCAUGUGGCCAGAGCCCCUAUGCAAGCAUAAAAUCUACCAUGUGGAUGUCAGGUGGGGAUAAGAGGCAAGCUCUCUCUUCUCAUGGGUAUUGGCUGAAAAUCUGUAAAUGACAGAUAUAUUUCCCUCUCUGUUUUUCAGUGUAAUAUUUAAAUACACAUUUAUCACAAAUAUCUACCUUCUGUGCAAAACGUUUGUUUUUGACUCUCCUUGUUAGGUUGGAGAUACUAAAGUGUGUACUCUGUGUGUGUUUAUGUAGGAAAACAUAGGAAGACUGGAAGGGAUGUGGCAAUUAAAGUCAUUGAUAAAAUGCGAUUCCCCACAAAACAGGAAAGUCAGCUGCGCAAUGAAGUGGCCAUUUUGCAGGUACAAAGAUUAUUUGAAUCUGUUCUGUUACAUCAUAGGAAUAAGUUUAUUAUUGAAAUACUGUGAGUAGGUGAGCAAUCAGAGGCUUGAAUUGUACAGAGGCUUGAAUCUGCAUGUUUCAGAGUUGUGAACAUACAGCGUUUCUGUGUGAUCAUUGUUGACAUAGCUGGGUACAAUCUCUGCGUAGUCUUGCUUUUGUAUAUUUUAAUAUUCCUGCUAUAGUAGUUUCUGAGCUGUACAGGAAAACUGUAAAAAGAGCCAUAGCUUGUGUUUUCUCUCUACAAAUAUUGCUAGGGAUUGCUUGAGUGCUUUCUAAACAAUUAAGCAUAGCCAGGACCUAGGCAGAUAUUUUCUGAUUUUCAGUACAUAAUGGUGGUACAUUUUUCAUGACAAUAUUAAAUAUGCUUCCUAGAAUUUGCACCACCCUGGGAUUGUAAACCUGGAAUGUAUGUUUGAAACUCCAGAAAGGGUUUUUGUUGUAAUGGAAAAACUUCAUGGCGAUAUGUUGGAGAUGAUUCUUUCCAGUGAGAAAAGCCGGCUUCCAGAAAGAAUCACCAAAUUCAUGGUCACUCAGGUGAGUCUGCUCUUAAUAAUGGCUUGUACAGUUCUGUUGUCACACAUUCAGGGCAGGCUACAACUAUUUAAAAUAGACUGUUAAAACAAUUUAAAUCAAACCACAGGAAACUACUUUUUCAUAACAUUUCAGAAAAGUAUUAUAUACAAAGUAACCUUAAGUAGGGAUCUGGAUCUGGAUCCCCUAAUAUUUAUUACCGUAUGUACCAGGCAGGAAUCUUGGUAGACUGAGAUUCCUUUUUAUUGCUGCUCUCGAAGAAGCACCUUUCACAAACAAGCAGUCAAAUAGUGACUCAGGGUUGUAUUCAAGAUAGUGCUACAUUAAAGAGAGUUAGUGUUGAACUUACUCUGUUAACAUGUCACUUGGGGGAAAACAGAUUCCAAAAUGAAUAGCUUGUAUGUGUAUGCUAAAGUUGUAGAGGAUAGAAAAAUUAAAGGUAGUUUCACAACAUGUCUGGUAGUGCAGCCUCUUGCACAACAAGUGAACCUGUUGCUUUCGACUCCAUGGCAUGGUUCAGCUCCUGAACCCUCGGCCUGUAGAAUCUCCUGCUGCCUGCACCCUUCUUUGUGGUACCAGUAAUGUUCUCUUCCCUAGCUGCUCCCUUUUAUUUAUUUUUAAAAAAUAUUUGUUGACCCUAAAGUAGCAGCAGCCCUGGCACCAAAGGUCCUCUUCAGAACCAGGCACUCUGGGUAAUGUGACCAGGAAAAUGUCUGUCCAAUUUCCAUGGCUUGCCACGGCAGGGAGGUGGGAGACUUGUCAGUCCACCAUGGAUUGGAGUUGCACUUGGCUUCUCAAGCAAAGCACUGCCUCCUAGGCUCAGUGGUGGGUGAGUGGGCAGCAGGUUGGGCUGGUGAGCUAGCACUGGUUUGUGGGCAGCAUUGAGAAAUAGACCUCUACUAGUGCAAUGGUCUUUGCACUGGGAACCUAAGAAGCUGCCUUAUACAGGAGCAAGACCAUUGGUCCAUCUAGCUCAGUACUGUGUACAUUGAUUGGCACUGGCUCUGUAGGGUUUUAGGCAGAGUCUUUCCUAGUCAUGCCUGGAAAUGUUGGGGAUUGAACCAGGGACCUUCUGCAUGCAAGGCAGAUGAUCUGCCACUGAACUAUGGCCCUUCUCGACUAACGAUUUGACAGCAUUGGCUCCAACCUCAGUCUCAUGUGAAGGUGGGCCUUUUCUCCCCCUCCUUAGCCCUAACAUCUUUCAGAAGAGGGGCUGAGGAGGACUCCUGGUGAUCCUUAAACUGAAGGUAAUUUCACCUGUCUUUUAGGCAAUUCUUGGACACAUAAUAUGUUGCAUCUCUUUCUCUCUGAUUUUGAAAAUACUUUUUUCCUUUUAUUUUCUUAGAUACUUGUUGCUUUGAGGAAUUUACACUUCAAGAAUAUAGUGCACUGUGACUUAAAACCUGAAAAUGUACUAUUAGCAUCAGCAGAGCCAUUUCCUCAGGUGGGAAAGAAUGAAGUAUUUUUUUUAAUGGUUGUAUAUUCUGCAGGAGGAUAUACAGGAUAAAAUGUUCAUUAACUCUGUAUUUUAUGCCAUUUGGGAACAAAGCACCAUCUUUUGUACUUUGAAUACAUCUCAUAAAACAAUUCUCCGCACACCAGUGUUUGUAGGUCUCUGAGAAAAUUGUUACUAAGCCCGAAAGUUAGAACCAUUCCAUAUGAUCUACCAAGUGGCCUGGUUGGACACUUCAGGUAUAGCGUGUCAUUUUUCUAAUGAGCAAUUCUUGCAAAAUUGUAUGUUGGCGCACAACUCCCUACCCCCAUCUGUUUUGUUUUAAAGAGUUGGCUAUUACAGUUAAUGAAUUUUUGAUACUGAUGUUCAGUUCAAGGUAAUUUAAUCAAGGGAUAUUUGUUUUAUAGGUGAAGCUGUGCGAUUUUGGUUUUGCACGUAUUAUUGGUGAGAAGUCUUUCCGGAGGUCUGUAGUGGGAACUCCAGCUUAUCUCGCCCCAGAGGUGCUUAGAAGUAAGGGCUACAAUAGAUCUCUGGAUAUGUGGUCAGUGGGAGUCAUCAUCUACGUGAGCCUUAGUGGUACAUUUCCAUUUAAUGAGGAUGAAGACAUAAAUGACCAGAUUCAAAAUGCAGCAUUUAUGUAUCCACCAAAUCCCUGGAAGGAAAUAUCUAGUGAAGGUAAAUAUACUCUAGAGGUUUUGGAUAUAAUAUCUUGGUUCAUAAUAUUUUCCAUGUUUCUAUAUUUUAGACUAUAAGGCAUGGCAUUUAGUGUGAAUGAGACCAUGGAAUUACAAGAAAUUUAGGAGGAAACAAAGUGCUGUUAUUCAGGAGUUAUUGCAAAACGUUUGACUGUAAUAGAAAAUAUUCAUUUAUUGCACUUUUAUUCCACCUUUCCUUCCAAGUAACUCAAGAUAGUGUAUAGGCACCUGCCUCUACCCUGUUUUUUAUCCCUGCAACAACCUUGUAGGGUUUGUAGACUGACAAAUAGGCAAGGUCACCCAAUGAGAUUCAUGGCUGGAAAACAGAUGUGAAUCUGGGUCUUCCAGGUCCUGGUUGAACGCUAUCCACUAUACUGCAGAUGGGUCUCCAGCACAGAUGGAUAAAAGGCUUUAACUUUUAUGUUGGAAACCUUAUGCUUCAUGUUAUAGGGCCUGGUUUGGAGGGUUGUAAGAUUAAAAUCUGGAGGUAUGGCCCUGUCAGGCAUUAUAUUUAGGGCUUUCCCAAUGCCUGCUGUAGAAAGGAAAAGAGCCACCAAUUAUCAUAAUGGACCCUGGGAACCCUAUGUGAAAACAUGCCUGUAGAUCAGUGUUUUUCAGUUGGUGUAAUGUGUUAUUCAGCAAUGCACUUCUUUGUACACAGCCCUUUCCAAAGUUGUCUUGCUUCCUCCCAUGCCUGUAGUCUGCGUUUCCCAGAAAAAAGAACUUUAUUUGUGCUUAAAGCUUGCUAAUGUCAUGUUUAGUUUUCAGCACUGGUGUGUAGGUAAUGACAAUUUGGAACUUAUUAUUUGAAUCUGUUGCAUACCUUUUGCAGCAAAUGUACACUUUGAAAAAUUGUUUCAAUAGUAGGUAUCAAUUUGUCCUGAAAGCAUCCAAACUUAGCAUCCUAUACAUGUUACUCAGAAGUAAAUGCUGCUCUGUUCAAAAGUACUUACUCCCAAUUUAAUGUGUGUAAUCUUUCAGCAUUAUGGUACAAUUCAAAUUCUCUAAAACAAAUAGAAGUCUUAUUGUUGACUUCAGAUGAAUUCCACCCAUACAACACAAACUGUUUACACAAACCCACAAACUUUCCUUUUUCUCUUAAUUACUAUUUUUUCCUUCAGAAUUAUUAUUGUGGGUGACAGAAAAGACAAAAUACUUAUUUUGAAUACUUUUUUCUCUUUCUUGCUCCUCCAGCUAUCGAUUUAAUAAACAACUUGCUUCAAGUGAAGAUGAGAAAACGUUACAGUGUUGACAAAUCACUUAGUCACCCGUGGUUACAGGUAUAGCUAAUGCAUACCAGCUUUAUUGUGUUAUAUGUUACCCAGUUCAAUUACAUGAAUCAUAAUCUGACUCAAGUAGUUGACAGGUCUUGUAUAAAUGAAAUCUUGGAAAGUUUAUUUGAUUCAAUUUGAGUAGAGCUAUCUAUUUUUCCUUCCUCUCUUUUUUGGGCAUGAUGAGAGUUUGUUUAAUUUGGUCUGGGUUUAACAGUAUGCACUGGGUUAUUUGAAAUAAUAGAUGUUAAGAGUCAUAAUUUUCGGAUUUAGAGUGAUGUCUCUGACACUCAUUACUUUAUAGCAUUGGUUGUUGUAUCAUACACCCAGCCAUCAGUUAAUGACUUAGAAUGUAACUAGAUGUCUGAAACCCACUUUUGCUGAGCCAAAGUAUAUGACUUGGUGAUGGAGACAGAACUUGAAAGGAAGAAUCAGCUGACAGAAAGAAGGGUUGUCAAACCCUUCCACUGAUUUUCCUCUGUAAAAGCUUUCCUGAACCCCUACCAUAAGGGCUCUUUUCAUUUUGGAAUCCAGAUGGAGUGUAAAAACCCAACUUAAACUGUCUUGAGGGAAAGGUACUUGGAGAGGAUCUCCUGUGAGCAUCCCAUUUCCACGUCUUAAUAAUUAGCUGGGUUUUUUGUGUGUGUGCAAAAAACACCUCCCUCUAAGCUUGGCUCUAAUUAAGUGUAAGGAUUGUGAGCAUGACUAGAGUGGAGGUCUAUUAUCUUGACCCUUGCCUGUUCUUUGUGACCCAGGCAGGACCUGUAUCAUUAAAGGUGAAAGAUGUUUGGGCUUACUUUGCUGUUAGGCAGGCAUGAAGAUAGGCAUACUGGGGUCUUGCAAGGGUUAGAAAGUAAUGUGAUUAACUGGCAUGAAAUCAGUGUGUUACAUUGGUUUGAUGCAGAGGCUGUGGUGGGAGUGAGGAACUUGCCCAUCAUCAGAACUGAAUAUUGUUGGGUAACACACUGUGCUUUUAGAAAUGAAUCACUGCGCUAUUAAGAUCAACAUUGUGUUCAGAAACAACUCAUCUAAACUUUUCUUUUUAGGAUUAUCAAACUUGGCUUGAUCUUCGGGAGUUUGAAACUCGCAUCGGAGAGCGUUAUAUUACCCAUGAAAGUGAUGAUGCUCGCUGGGAAGAACAUGCGUAUGAGCACAAUCUUGUAUACCCCAAACAUUUCAUUAUGGCCCCCAAUCCAGAUGAUAUGGAGGAAGACCCAUAAUUGUUACCCAGGGAAAGGCACUUAACUUAAACCAUUACUGAUACUCUGAUGGAGCAAGUAUUGCUCUUUGCUCUUCAGUCUAUAAAGCAGUGAAGGAUCUUCCAUCAGUUUUUGGAUGGAUUAGAUGACUUGGGAAAGGCUCCACAUCUCUAGUUACUAUGACUAUGAAUGCGAUCCGGCACUGGGUUAAAAGCCAUGAAAUAUUUGUGUUAACAUUGCCUUACUGGUACAUCGCAGUGAUGUUACUGGCCGAUGAAGUGCACAGAGACUUGAUGUAGUAUGUGAAAUUUCCAGGGUUUUUGUAGUUUACACAAUAACAAAAUAAUUUUAAUGGUUUUCUAGUUCCUACCUACUAAGCCAUAGAAUACUAUUUUCUGGUAUUUAGAUACAUCUGUUAACGAAGCUGUAGAGAAACCUGAAAUAUAUACCAUGACCAAAUAACUACAACAAUGCUUGAUUUUUAAGCCCCAUACAAAACACUGGUAGAAUAUUUAUUUAGCAGGUAUGAGUUGGAAAAGCAAUAAAAGUAAAGGGAGCCAAUAACUUUAAGGCAGAUUUGUGGUUCUUCUGCUUAACUAGAGCAGCCUCUUGAUGUAUGGAAGUGCAGAGCAUUAAAAGUACAGCCAUACCUCGGGUUGAAUAUACUUCAUGUUGAGCGCGUUCGAGUUGCGCUCCACGGCAACCUGGAAGCAACGGAGCACGUUACUUCCGGGUGUCGCCGCUCGCGCAUGCGCAGACGCUCAAAAUGAUGUCACAUGCAGAAGCGGCGAAAAGUGAUGCGUGCGUGCGCAGACGUGCCGUUGCUAGUUACGUUUGCUUCUGGAUGCGAACGGGGCUCCGGAACGGAUCCCGUUCACAUCCCGAGGUACCACUGUACUCCAUAAUCCCACUUAAUACAGACAUGGUGUGUUUUCACCUUUACACUUACAUUAGGAGAACAGUAAAGCAUUAUGGUGAAUUAUCAUUGUGUGGCAGAUGUUAGUGUGACUUUGAGGCUUAUGGAGGGCUUUCGGCCUUAAUUUAUCCAUAGACCGGGAUCCAGACAUGUAAUUUGCAUACUGCUGUAAAGAAAAAAGUGCUCCACCGGUUGUUUUUGAGCGCAACAGUUCCGUGUGCUAGACAUAAACUUUUAAAAGCAAUUGGUUUCUUCUGCAGUGGGAAUUGUUGCACCAGAUAGAAAAAACUGAAGCUCUUGCUGUGUGUAUUGUUCCCUCUCCCAUAUCACAUAUUUGGCUCCAGCCAAUUAGCAUCCAGUUCACAACUAAGAUCUUCAGUUGUUUAGCCUUCCACUGUGGAAACGUGAUUUGUGGUGGAAAGUUUAAAGUAGUAGGUGCAUCACAAUAGCCUUGAGGUGGUGUGGGGGCUCAUACUUCUGUGCUGUCAUUCAUUUUGGUCUGGAAGAUACUUGUCUGCUGCAGUUUGGCCCCAAAGAAUCUUUUAAUUUCUUGAAAUGAAUAAAAUUUUACUUAAUUUCCAAUUAAUUCUAGUAACUAGAAUCCACAGUGUAAUAUAUCCUUAGGAUCUCUCGUAUUCUAAGAAGAUGCGGUCAUUUAUGUUUCCAGGUUGCUCUUUGCUUUCUGCUCUUUGCUUUCCUUCUGCUUUCAUUAAACCCUGUAGUCUAGCAAAAUCACUCUUAGCUGUUGGUGAUUAGGGGGUUGUGACCUUUUGCCUUCCACUUGCUGGGUUUGUCACUCAGAAGUUAAGGGUGGAAAGAGAGUUUGCCUCCCUCCCUCCUUCCUGUCCCACACAAAUUUAUUUGCAAGGCACUCCGCUUGAAGCAGCUGGCUUCUUCUUAAAAGAUCUACUGAUAGGAAAAGGAUGGGAAGUGCCUUGGAGGAAGGGCUAAAACCUGUCACCCCUUUCUUCCCUUCCCUUCCUGCUAGCAGGUCUGCUGACAAAACACUUACAUUUAAUCCACACAGUUCUCAAUUACAGAUGAGAAUCAAUUUGGCAAGCACUCCUAGAUUUAAUGAGUAUGAAUGGGUGGUACUUUAUACAUAAAAAAGUUAACACAAUAAUAUGAAUUCACUUCCUGGCCACUGUUUGUUCCAUCAUAGUGUUAAUUAUUGCUGUCUGAACAGCAGCCUGUCAGUUCUGUUUUGCAUCUGCUUUUCUUCUUUCUGAUUUCCUGUCCAUCUCCUUCCUCAGGUCGGUCUUCAGCAUCUUCUCUUCUUCAACUGUCAUCAGCUGACUUCUUUUCACUUUGCUUUCUCCCAGCAUUUCAUGCCCUCCUUUCACUUGCCCUGCAUUCUGUGUCAUUACAGGACUAGGCUUUACACUUGACAUAAAAGUUAUUCCUGUGCAUGUCUGUGAAUUACAACUAUGUAAAGAGCAAGAGAGGAACACAGAAGAAGAAUCUCAAAAAUCUUAUCACAAUAAGGAAGGUCCAGUGCAUACAUUCCCUUACGUUAAACCAAAUGUUUUGAUCUGGAGAAAUGAUGGAAGCAGCAGUUCAAGAACAAGGCUAUAUGAAGAUAACUUAAAGCAGUCUCAGAACAUUAAAGGAUACUGGACAACCAGUGCAAAUGUCACUAAAGUAAAUCUAAAAUAGAAACCUUGCUUAAUUUUUUAUUUCAUCUCAACCAACUGUUCUAUUUAUAAUAGAGGACUGGCAAACAAAUGAACUAACCUGGAUCUAGUUAUGAAGUUAACAUUUUCAGGGAAAUGUGGUCUACAAUUGAAAUAAGCUGUAUAUAAAUGUCAGCAAGAACCAGAUGUGCAGUUGAAGCUUUCUGUGAAAUUUUCAUGGCAACACUUGCUCUGGCCAAGGCAUGCUGCUGUAGCUGUUGCAGCAAAAAACUUCAAAGUAAGUUCCAACAGUGUGUGGCCCCAUCUCUAGGAUAUAGCUUCAUUUGAUCAUGACCUUUAACAGCUGUUCAUAGGCCAGUUUAUUUUCCAAAUCCUCUAAGAGCAAAAGGAUUUGGCCACCUCUCCAUCUCUUCCUCUUGACCUUAAAUUUAUUAGUGCGUUCUGGAUACUCUGUGAGCAUUCAGUAUAAUGGAAUUUUCUAUGCUAUACAGUCUCCAAUUAGAUUGCCACAAGUAGAGGAAAAUGUGUUGAAUAAUGGAGUACACUAUGAUGGAGCAAGCUUUAGAAGAACCUUGUAUAAUUAUUUAAUUUGAAACAAAUAUUGUUGCUUGUAGUGUUUUGUUGCUUUGUUUCAGUUGCCAGACAAACUUACAGACAAACUCAAUUUUAGUGGUAGCAUUUCUCUAAUGUGCAAAUUUUAGAUGAAUGGUGCAAUUCACAAACUCCUUAUUUCAGUCUAGCAGGAGUGAAGCAGAACAAAGACUGUGUGUCAUUGGGGUUACAGAUUCAUAGUCUUAUGAGGCAUAUGAGUUGGAACGGCAGGAUAUAUGAAAUAUGGGUGUUUAUUCUUCCAUUUGUGUGUCUCCCUUGAUUUAUGUUCAGCUGAAUGUGAGCGGCCUCAGCUAAAAAAUACUGAGGUAAUGUGAUGUGAAAAUUCUGCCUGUGGCAUUUUGAUUUAUGAAGACUAUUUUGCAUGUGCAACUCAUCACUGGAUGUUGUUGUCACCGAAUAGAGAACAUGCAUUUAUAAGUUCACUUAGAUCCUUAGAUUUGAACUUUCAUUAGCCCCAGCCACCACAUCCAAUGGGCAAGGAUAAUGGGAGUAGGAGUCUAAUAACAUAUGGAGGACCAUGUGUUCACCACCAUUUCUAAAAGGGGUUUGUAGUGCAUCUAUGGCCUGCUUCAAACCAGAAUUUGAUUAGGAUCAUGUGGAUUGAUUUAUGAUGGACUGCUGCAUGGAUGUUUCUGCACUGUGCAGAAUGGAUGUUUCUGCAUUGUGCAGAAUGUUUCACUAACUCACUGAUGUUUACUGUGACCCACAUGAAUCACUGGCCUAAUUUCAGGCAUAUUUGUUGAACAGAUUUUGAGAGUCAGCUAUGCACCUGCAGUUCUUCAUGUCUUUGCUCUGUAUUCAGAAUACUUGGACUGAAACUUUUUGUAUCUUAUUUUGUUAUCCCAUUACAAACCCCAAUGUGACAUGGUAAUUAAGGUAUAAAAGUACUGAUUAUGUAGGUAGGGUUACCUACAUGACUGAUGCUUUUAUUAUUGAAGUGAGUGGACAACCAAGAAUCUGUUUGAUGGCAGGAACUUUGCCAAAGCAGUAACAUGUAAAUUGGGUCAGUGGGUUGCAAGUAACAUGUGGAUGCAAAGAACAUUAAUUUCUACAAUCUUGAAUUGGAAAUUGUUCCAGGGAUUAAUAUUCUACAAGUUGGGGGGACCCUCUGAAAUAAUGCAGCUGUUUGGAAAUGUAAGAGACAAGUUUAAUGUGGAUGAAGCCUUCUCCAAACCACAGAGUCCAAAAUAAUGAGCCAGGAACUUUUAGCAGAUUAUCCUUGUAGUUAAGCUACAAAUGUAUUCAAAGAAAAUCUAGAAAAUAUUCUAGAAAAUGUUUCUCACCUAUAGAAAAGGUCAUUGUAAUUUUAAUGUCAUCAGUUUCUUAACCUUUUCUACUGUAGGCGUGGGAAGCAGUGCUCUCAGUGGGGAGAAUCCACAGCAGAGAUGAGAAUGACUAAGUCUCAAAGGCAGUCAAAAUGUCAUGGAUAAGUGAAAUGAUUGGAAGCCCCUAUCAUAAAUGGUCCAAUCAUGUAAAAUUAUUGGAAGCUAGUAUUCAUUUUUUUGAAUAUACAGCUGGAACUAUUCUGUAUUUAUAGCAUGGUAUUGAACACUGAAAGUAGCUGUUCUAGCAAAGCACAUUUUGUUGUGGCAUAACUAUUAAUCUAUUGGAAGUGUUCAUAGAUGUUUCACUGUUUUGUCUUAUUGUUUCUUUGUAAACUUAUGCAACAACAGAAUAGGAUCAAUAUUAUUUCGGAUUGACUCAGUUGUUAUCCUAUAGAUGUCUACUCAGAAAUAAGUCCCCUUGAGUUCAGUGGGGUUUGCUUCCAGGUAGGUGUAUAUAGAAUUGCAGCCUUAAGAUCGGUUGUAGCAUCAGAAAGCCAUAUUUAAACAGCAGCAAAGUGAGUCAAGAAUGUACAGUGUCAGGUAUGCCUCUUGAUUUAAUUUCAGGAUUCAGGAUAGCAAAAUUUUGGACCAGUAGGGUAGGAACAAAAGCCCUGUUGUGGUUAAAGAUGAGAAAUAACUGGAAUGUUUCUACUCUAUAACAGCUGUUACACACAUUUCACAAACCAUAAAUAAACUGCAUAGCUUGCACUCUAACUUUCCUAUGAAUGCCUACAAAUAUUAUUAAAUCAAAGCUUUAAGUCACUGAAGGUUGGCAUUAAAUCUGUUGCUCCAGAUGAAUUUGUACCCAGUGUUGCAUUAUCAUUAAUCUUUGUUUUUCAGUUAAGUUGCAUUCAUUGAAGAAAUAGUUCUGUAUUGAUGCUAGAAGAUAUUCAUGUAAAACUUGUAGCCUCAAAAUGACACUGUCAAGUACUUUUUAUAUUUUUAUAUGUCCCGUUGUUUGUAAAUAUCCUCUAAGCUUGAAAAUAAAUUUUAUUUCCCUAUCAUGCGUCUUUUCCCCACUACUGUAUCCUCUGUACUUCCUCUAACUUUGGUAACUGUAUCAAAAUCCCUGUGUGCAGGCAUUGUUACAGAAAGGCAACAUGAUUGUUAUGAGACCUAUCUACAUACCCCUAUUUCCAUGAUUCGCAAUGGGAAGCCUGCAUCGUUCUCUUAAAGCAUUCACAUUUGGGGUUCACUUCCAUGAGAGUUCACCAAAGCCAGCAACAAAUGCUGAAUGUGAUGUUGAGUCUUUUGACUUCUUUUGCUGAUCUGAAGCUGUAAAUCUGGAGUGAGGUAACAUGGCAAAAAAGUGGAAACGUCCUCCCAUUUUAUCCAGGUCCAUUAACAUUUCAUAACUUCGAAGCAGCUGAGUCUGAAUGGCUGCAUCAUUGACACUUUUCAAUAGUACCUAAAUGGGAAAAUGGAUUAUUUUAAUCCCCUUUAAAACUGCAGAAUUGUCCAGUUGUGCUACCUGUAACUUGGCUACUUUCCAUCCUAGAAUUACAUCAAUCUCCUGCCCUUCCAAAUUUGUAUAUGCUGAAUUUUAACUUGUUCAUUUGAUAAAUUUAUAUCCCACCCUUCAAAAUAAAUAAUACGGGUUCUGUCUCUCAUUACAAUGAGACUUAAAUCAGCUACAGAUAAUCUAAGUGUAUUCAGUUAAGUAAGACUAGUUUUUAUAAACUAGCCAGAAAGUGGCCCCUACCUGCAGUCUGAUAUCAAUGCCCAUAUUUUUCAAAAAAUCAUGUUGCUUUAUGGGACCCAAGGUUGCUACUCUUUCCUGUGCUAUUUUUCGCAGGUAACUGAAGUCAACAUCUGCUGUGAGGUCCGCUGUUCCUGGAGAUAUUAAGACAUUGUGAAGUUCAUGUCCACGGAAUCCCUGAAAAAUAAUAGAAAUGGGGGGGGGGGGGGAAUGGUUCACUUAGACCCUGCAGCUUUUUAGGUUGCAGACAAAAAUAGAGCACAGAGGAAAAACAACCUCCAAUUAUAAAAAGGACAUUUUUAAAGUUAAGAAUUAUGAUUUUUGAAGAAUUGUAUGCUGUCUUAAGCUACAAAUGACUCCCUUUCCAAAACCUCACCACUUAUUGCUGGCUAUAACAUUCUUGCACUUCCACUCCACCUUUUAUCGCAAAGCUACUUUAGUAACUGCCCCAGAUAGUAGAGAAGAAAUUUUAGCUUUGGAAAAAACAGACUGUUCACGCAAACUGUCCUGUAGGAACCUUUAUAAAUCAACCUACCCUGAACGUAUCUGUUUUGGUUCCAUUGUGGCCAUAAUCUACAAUCAGUGCAUUGCCUCCAUUCUUUUCAAUAUUAUGGGCCAGCUUCUGGAUGAUGAUACCAGCAUCAGGACACACUUCCACAUGAUCUCUGGAUUCUUUGUCCUAAAUGAGAAUUCAGGGGUUGAACAAACAGUUAUGUAGCAGUAUAUGUACAUGUGCCUACAGCUAUAAGUCCUGACACUUUCCUGCAGCUUCCCUCAAGAGAAUUUUGGGUUGUGAGUUUUAUGGGAGGACAUGAAUCGUCCAUCAAACCUGUAAUUCUCAGGAUUCCCUGCAGGGAAAUGAUAGCAGGAAAUCUGCAAGAUGGGGUUUGUCACAUGUCUAUCUGGAUCCUACAUUUGUUAUGAAAUAAAACCCCUUGUCGGAAUUAACUAGAUGCGAGAUUUGUUGCAUUUUAGUAAUGAUCUUACUGGUUAAUUUGAUAAAUACCAGGUAAGCUGCUAUACAAGAUUCUAUAAAGUUUUCCUUAGGAAUCUAUAGCUUAAUAUUCUGCUUGUCCAUCUCUUUUCCUAAAAUGAAAUACAGAUGUAUCACACUUACUGGUCUGGUUUCACAUGGAAAGUAGCCUUUCCUUACAAUUUUAUUGCACAUAACAAAUGCAUACUAAGAUGUUAUCAAUAAAAACCGCCAGAUAAGUAUGUUUGAAACAGUGAUAAUAACUGCAGUAAGUACAUUUUGAAAACAGUGAGCAGCUCAAAAUAUGUAACACAAUGGCAGUAUUAGCUGGAUGGAGAGGAUUAUAUAAGCGAGCUUACAUGUAUGAAGGCUUUUGCAGCAGGAGUAGCAGAUGGCGCAAGGACAAAUCGCAGCUUGUCGGGAGUGUCUGGAUCAAUGUCAACCAACAACUCACGCCACCCCUUUUCUGUUUUCUGUUAAUUUAAAAAUAAGUUGGAUACGGAUUUUAUUGAACAUUGUCAGCUACAUUGUUUACCAUUUCAUGUAAGUUUAUUCAAGGUUAUGCUCUUGACAAAAAAAAAAGCCGAUUAAUCAUUUAUUAUACCUUUACCUCUCAGUGAAGUUCUUUAAAAGCAAACAUGAACAGAUUUUGCUUCACUAAUUUGUACCUUUGUGGAAAAGUUCCUGCUGUAUUCCUUAGUAUUCUGACCAGUAGAAACAAAAAACCCAGUCAACUGUGUUGAUCCAUUAUUACACACAUCUGCACAUCUGAAAGCAGCUGUGUACAGUUUAGUAUCCAAUUUAUUAGAAUUAGCAUGGCAGUAAUCCUGUGCAUAGUUUCCUAUAAGCUCUUAUCAAAACUCAGUGGUACUUGCUUCUGACAGGAUAGAUUGUAAAACACACUGGGCGCUAACAAAAUAUUGUGAGCCAGCUGAAAUGCAAGUGUUAGCUUUUAAUUAGGAAUGCAUUUAAGCUGGAAGCAGGAAGCUCAUGAAAAAGAGAGGAAGCAAUCUCCAGCCUCAGCUUGACUGUUUCCCUCCUUCUCUGACUUGUAUGCUAAUUCAGUAACUUUGCCAUUCUAGCAGAUGUAAUGUCUUCUGUUCUGAAAAAAGUCCUGGAGCAGGGCUCCCCUACGUUUCUCCUCCAAUACACCACUAAUACUGGCCAGUAAUAAUAAUAUUUAUUAAAUUUG